UCCUCUCUUCGUCUCCCUCUUUGCCCUCUGCAGCUGUACAUACUCUGCUUUUUAAUUAGACCGACUCUCUAGCUCCUCCUCCCUCUGCCUCCUACUCUCCAUCCCACUCUCCCCCAACCCUCCCUCCCUUUGCUUACAAGGAUACAGGGGGCUUGCAUGGCGACACAGAGAGGGGGUCAUGAUGGAGAGACGCAGAGAGAAACGGGGAGAGAGGGAAGAGGAAUGGGACGAGGAGAACUGAGAGGAGCAUCUGAGAGGAUAACUGCCUGUUUGCUCACUCUUGUCUUCUUGCUCCCCCUCCUGUCCGUUCACUUCCACUCAAACGCUUAGACAGCUAGGUAGGCACAGCAAAACACAGCACAGCACAGCGGAGCUCCAAGCAGCUGAGGGAUGGAUAAAAAGGUUCCCACGUGAAAGGCAUGAAUCCACGGAAGAAGAGGAGGGCAAGCUAGAAGAAGACUCAACCAGAGAGGGAGGGAAAAGGAGAAAGAGGAGGGGAGCAGAUGGACUCUAAAAAGAGGAAAGGAAACAGUAUCGAGCAGCCGUGACAAGAGAGGUGGAAAAUAAAAAAGCAAACAUGAACGCCAGAGGGAUGGAAGAAUGGGCUGAAGAGACAUGAAGGAAUAGGGGAGAAGAGAAGCGAGCGUUUGUGGGAGGAAGAGACAACACGGAGGGGGAAGCAGGAAGAGGGAGAUAUGGUACGUGUGACUCAGUUCUGUGUCCUGAUGGAAGAUACACAGCAAUCUCCCCAUCAGGCUUCUCUCAGCAUCACCACAGUGAGAAAGAGCCAAGCUGAGGACAGAUUUCAAAGCAUCAGUGAAGUGUCUGUGUUUAUUUCUUCACUUACUGCCCUGUUACGUCUUCUCAAAUGUGAAACGAACAGACAGAAAGAGAGAGUGUGUGUCCUUGCAUGCGUGCGCACACGUGCAUGCAUUUUGUUUAUGUGCUUGGCAGAUGUUUGUGUGUGCGUGUGUGCACUAUUUAUUCUUACAAUGGGGGUGUGUUUGUGUGCUCAAAGUGUGCCCGUGCUUGUGUGUGCGUGUGAAAUCUUCCGAAAUGGGGUCGUGUGUGUGUGUAUGUGUGUGUGUUUGGAUGCUGGGAUUUGCUUUACCGCAGGUGUGGGAGUUAUUUUCCGAGAUUGUGCAGCUUUAUGAGGAGCUUUAAAGAGUGAGGAGCUUAGAUUGGUGUGUCUGUGAUGUAGCUUUGCAGAUUCCAGCAGCGUGCUUUCAUUGCAUAUUUGUCAUGAGCAAGACUGUGUCUAUGUGUGUGUAUAUGAGUGUGUGUUUGUGUGUGUGUGAUGGGGGGGGGCAUAACGCAGAAAGUUUGAGAAGGAGGAGGAGGAGGAGGAGGAGGCACUGAGUGAGGGAAUUCCAUUUGUAUGGAUCCGUAUCUCAGCAAGAUCCAGUGCAUGCUGUUCUGGCUGCAUGACGGUUUUAAUUUUCGAGAAUAGUGAGGAAGUUUUAGUGAAUUUUACAAACUCAAAUAUGCUUUAAAAUAACCGCCCAUUAAAAUCCUCCCUUAUUCUUCUCUUUUAACUAAUCUUACACCAAUGGUGUCAUUACAUGUGAUGAAAAUCUAAUUGCACAUGCACUCUCAUGCAUGCGUGCACACUAUCAAACACACAUGCACGCACACAGGCACAGGUGCACAUUUGCGCAAACACAUUUUUGCUGUGUGAAGAACUGCUGCGCUGUUAAUCCCGCCCGUCGUUGCUUGACUCUUUUUCCCUCGUUCUCUCACUCCCUCUGCUCCUCGCUACAGUAUAUUUCCCUUUUAUCUUAUCUCAUCAACGUGUCUUUUAAGAGGUCAGCUAUCUCCACCUCCCUGCUUCCUCUCCUACCUACCAUUUAAUCCCUUUUUCUCUCGCCGCUUAUAAAUCUUCUUCCUCUGUCUCCUCCAUUUAAUUUCACCCAACAGAAGUUAAUGUACUCUUAAAGUCAAACUUCUGCAGUCUUUCACUUUCCGCUCGCUCUUUAAAUCUCUGUAUCUGCUGGCUGUGUGUUUUCCUUGGACUGACAGUGGCCUGGUUUUAUAGGUAGCACACUAUGAUGUACUCUUUGAACAUCAGUUUGGACAGGGGCAUUGCAGCAUGCCCGCCCAGCAGAGAGUAACCCCCAGGGAGCUGACUGCUCUAUAUGCACCCACAGGUAGCGUUCAAAUGUACUUUGAACAUGCCAGUGGAGCCACCUGUUUUAUUUUGCUGCUUAUAUUGCACCGAGGAACCUUUUCAAGUUUAAGCUCUCUGAAUCCCGUGGCAGAGUGGGGAGAAAAAACACAAAAGAUGGAGCAUAAAAGAACCAACCAGCCAGAGAAACAAGACAAUUAGGCUGCAGAAGGCGUGCAAGAAAGAAAAGCAAUGUUUACUCUGGCUCUCUUUCAAACAUCCUCAAAUUUGCUCACAGUUGGCAGAGUAUGCUUAUCACAAUCCAUUGGCCUAAAUAUAGGGAUUUCAUAUUAGGCAGAGGAUUUUGGUCAAAAGAGGACAGAUGGAACAAAUCAUUUCUGGCACUCACACUCUGAAAGUUAGAAAUAAUCCGGCCAUGCUUCAAGGAAACUGGCACAAGCGGGAUGGCUGCUCUGUCCUCUUUAGGAAUGAGCUGCCCAGUGAUACUGCGAGCAAACAUUUGUGCAUGUUUGGACGACAGUGCAAGGGAUGCUCAAACCUGAAGUAUUUGCAUGAUGUCCUGUUACAGGAAUAAUAACAAGCCUGAGAUUAUGAAUAUCUGCAGUUUGAGAUUAGUCCCGAGGUUCUGAGCAUCCAAGUAUUCAUAUCCCAACCACCAACAUUAUGCAGGACAAUUAUGAUAAUUGUGUUGGUUAUAAAGAUGCUAAAAAUAACUCAGUUAGCUGUAACUGGGAUCUCAGCGUUGAAAUUUGAUUGAAGUCAGGUCUGGGCAUCCAUGACUUACUUAAAACCACUUUUCAACUGGCUAAAAUAUGGUCGCAAAACCAGCAUAUAAGGAAACUUUUUUCUUUCUUUCUUUUUUUUCAUUUUUAAUGAAUAAACAUUGUAAAGGCAUUUCUCUGCAGUAACCUUCCAGCUGUAGUUCAGAUCCUGCGCGACACAUUUAUUCAUUGAUGUAUUUCUAAUAGAAACAUGUAACCGUGGCACAUGAUGGGCUGUGUGAUUUUAACAAGAAGGUUCGGAGGCAUCGUAAAGGGAGCCGUUUUCAGCGGUAGAUUCUCACUGAUACUUUAGCUCAACUGCUCAAACCACAAAAGUCAAAAGACUCUUGACUGAUGACAGAGUCUAUUAAAAGCUGGCGACAGUCUGUCUGAAUAGAAAUCAACAGCCAGUGGUGAAAAGCAGUGGAACUGUUUGCUGAAUGUAGUGAGAUUGAAGCUCUAUGUAGCAGUUCAACUGUGAUCCACUGUGAUAAUAUGUCACUGUUGUGUAUGAAUUUAUGUUGACUCAAGUGAUAAUUGAUUUUCCUGUGAAAUCUGUCCUGAACAGACAUUCAAUUGAGAUCCAUAAUUUUAAAAUAAAUAAAUAAACCGUCUCUUCUGAACCAGUUGAUAUCAUUUUAGUGGUAGGCAGAGUUGGUUUCAAACAUCUUUUUAUCUACAUCUCAUUAGUAGAUCUGAAAAAAUGUUGUGUUUGGGUUUAAAUUAAGCUAAAAUAUAUAUCCUCAAAAAUUGAUGCAAAAUUAAUCUCAACCUGGAAUAUUUUUUUUGACCACUGAAUGACGGCCGACACUAGACUUUCACAGCACUUUGAUUUCAUAUUAAAGUGUUUGAACUCCAGAAAAUAGUGUCCCUUAUAGACAUCAAGUUACAGUUUUAAUUUGCUCGACACUGAGUUUCCUGCAAUUUGGCGAAGUUUUAGCUUCUUUUAGCUAUUAUUUGGUUUCUUACCACUCCUAAAGGAAAUAUCCAAGACAUAACUGUUUCUUCACUCGUUUUAUGGUGAAAAAUUUUAGUUUUUUUUUUUUUUUUUAACCACUAGAAAAUGACUGAUAACGACACCUUAAAGCACCUAUGAGAAGUUUGUUCAUGGUAACUAAUUAGACUGAAAUUGAUAUUGUUGCAUUUUUUUGAUAAACAGAAGUUAAGACCAUCACUGACAACACUGACAAAUUGAUUGUGGCGCAACGCCACGGCUAAUUAAAAUCCGCCGCACCUAAAAAAAAAUGUAAUUUUUAUUUUACAUAGUUCUCCCUCAGACUCAUAUGCAUCAGCAGUGUUUCCCCUACAUUUAUUCAGCACCGUCGCUGCUAAAUUAUGUGCGCCGCUACUGAAAUUUCACAUGAUCAGUAAUAUCAAUGCGCCACUAAUGAUUCUACUCGCACUGUGUGAGCACAACACACAACGUUAUUUUCGAUUUGUUUUGAGUCAUCACGGAGCGCAUCAAAUCCUGUCGGACUCUGUUCCACUAAUGUGAAGGGUGACGUUUAAGCUUAUACACGGUCUGUGCAGCGAGUAGUGCGGGUAACGUAACGUGAAUGCAACAGUGUAGCUCCUGGAGUGGCGGGGGUGACAACGACACCCCCCCCAACACACACACACACACACACACACACACACACACACACACACACACACACACACACACACACACACACCAUGGCAGCUAAAAAAAAUUCUAGGGGAAAUACUGAAAUGUUCACAAUAGAUGAUAAAAAAAAGUCGGCAGGAUGAGGAUAUUUUUUUGUCAAAGGACAGUGCAUACAAGAUAGAGAAGACUGCUUUGGCCACAGGGGGCGCCAAAAUUGACAUAAACAAAAAAUUCCUCACAGGAGCUUUAAAUAACAGCACAUGCUCAGUGAAGAAGCUGAUGACUGUUUUUGCUUAAAGCCUCACCUGACAACUUACCACCUCAAAGUAAAGAGACAUGAUUAUAUUUCUAUAUUGUCAAUCUUGUAGCACUGCUACUACCACUCAUCCAUCGUGGUUACACCCCAUGUGGACUGUAACUUAAAUCUGAUAGAGAAAUGAGCCUCGGUGCGCUCAGAUGUAGAUGUUGAUUAUUCAGUUCUUGUACUGCAGCUAUAGUGCCGGGUGAAAUAUGGCUCGCUAUGACAGCUGACUGUAACUGGCCAAAUUGGAUGCCGGUACACAGUAAUAAACAAACAAACCAGCGUUAACAUCCUGCUGCUAUUACACAAGAGUCUGACAGGAAUAACAAUGCUUGGUUUCACUGUGUAGCCACGGAUGUAUAAUGAAUUGAGGAUCGUGAUUUAAUUUGUGUUUGUUUGUGUAAUUUAAUUUGCUGUUAAGCAUGAUCAGGUUCAAGAUUUCAUCAGACAGUUACUUUCUUUUUUUUUUGCUCAUGGAAGCACUGAAGGCUUUUUCUAACUUCUCAACAGCAGAUCCCAGAGCAGUGAAGAGGAUAUCAACAAUUCUUGUUUUACUUUGCUCAUACCUUGACUAAAUUCAAAUCAUUUGCCAAAGCUAGGUUGUGUCAUUAUUUAUUUAUGCAUGUUGUUUUGUUGACAUACAAGCCUUAAAGCCCACAAGGCUCUUUAUGGGUGUACAUCUGUUUUUUUGCAACAUGCCUGCCAGUUUUAUUGCAUUAAAUAAAACCAAACAUCCCCCCGUGUUUGAGGCAUGCUUGGCUGCACGCAAUGCUUACCUAACAAAAUAUUCCUCUACAGGCAUCUUUAAAGGAGUUGCUCCUAAUAUUGAGAUUUCUUUAUGCAAAUACAAAAUAUUCUUCUGCACUUUGCGUUAACUCUGUGAGCUGACCGUGUUGUUGAUUCCUCAGACGCAGCGCAGGUAUAGCUCUGACCCUACCUCUCAUUUUUUUGCUCACAGGGCCAAUAACUGAUCAUAUAUCUUUUCUUAGUUCCUCUCCAGUUCCUCCUUAAAUGCCCUGACACGCUGAUGCUCCUGAUUUACCACUUCACUGAACCCUAACCAUGACAUUUCCUCUGCUGCCAGGGGUUGUUCCCUCUUGCUUUUUGCUCCCUGCCCCCCAAACCCACCCCACCCACCCCCUCCUGCCUGUCUCCCCCUUCGCCUCCCCUCCCUUCUACUUAUUCACAUUCGUACUCCUCUCGGUUUGUUAUGUGUCUCAUAGCAUCUCUAAAUAUAACCGUGCAUGUCUACCUCCUCUCCUUCCUCUUCCUCUCUCUCCUCCUCCCUCCCUCUUUCUCUCUCUCUCUUUCUCUGCCUCCUCUUCAUCUCAGUCCUGUCUGACAAAUUCAAGCGUGCCGAGACAAUCCAAUCUGACAUGCCUUUACAUAACAAUUCAAUCCACAGCACCUUCCACCUCCUCAGCACUGUGAGACCCCAAGGUGUGUUAUUGGCAUGGAUGCAAUUCUCAGCAUCCCUGAAAGACUCGGUAUAUUAUUAGAUCUGUGCAAACAGAGUCUAGGCCUGUUUUGUUUUGAAAUUUGCAUCAGAUAUGUUUCUCCUAGUCAGCACAGCUUAGCACACAGGGAUCAGAUGUGACCUUAGUGUUAUUAUCAUGCGCACACAGAUGCACAAGCAUAAAACACUCGCACAGGAACCAGGAUAGAAACCUGUAUUCGCCACAAAACCUCCUCUGUGAGGUAGGCAGCGAGGGAGAGGGCUGUAGUAAAUCUUAAAUAAUAACGGCAAAGAGUUAUGACCCUUGCUGGCAUUAUGCCGUCGCACACCUUCCUCCUCCUGCCCGGUGAUUUAUCUCUUGUCUGCCAAUAAAGCUCAACAUGAAAAUGUCACAUGUGGGAAAGAGCUAGCCUCAGCCACAGGAGUGAGCCCAUGCAGCAUUAAGAGGGUCUGGAUUCAUUAAAGUGUCAGCGUAAAUUUUGAUCCCAGGAUAGUUUGCAGAUCGAGUGAGGGAGGAACUGGGGUGAUGUGGGACCGGUAGCAGCAGCCGAGAGAGAGAUUGUGAUGGUGGAACGAGUGAGAAAGAUACGAGUGACAGCGAGCGAAAAGAAAAACGGAGAAGGUGGAGAGACGGAAGGAUGAGGAGGAGAAAGGGUAAUGGUUCUGUGACAGGGAAACUGAGGAAGAUCUGUCAGGGUGAAUGCUGAAUUUAAAGUGCUUUUUACGAAAGAUUUGUAAAAAGACAAAAGUAUGUAUUUUUAAAGGAUUUACCUCUGGGUGAAUUAAGAAAGAAAGUAAAGCUAUUCUGAGAAGAUACGGGCCGGAGAUGUUCUGAAGCAAAUAAUGUCCUCGUUGUUUAGAUUGAAAUUCCGAUUGCAACUCACUGACUAGUCUUGUGGUGAGAAAACACUCAAACAGGCAAAAUUGAGAAAAAGUUAUCAAACCCAGAGAAACACUGGAUUAUAAAGUGUCUGCAGGUUAACGUGUCAAGCUGAGUUCCUAAAUAUGGUUACCAGUAGCAAAGCUAGCACCUCCUUAACAUCCACAUACUUGUUCUGGUUACAAACCGCCUUGGAGUGGUGGUUACAUGUCACUUUGCUGACAGGGCCUACAUGCACUAAAUCUCUAAAUCAAAAUAUUGACAGUGGUGCCAAAUUACGAGAUGCCCCCUAUCAUCUGUGUUAGGUUGCAUCUGGAUAUUGGAGAAAAAACUAUUCCUGUUCAGGUUUUCGUCUCAAAGUUGCCAAAAGGGGUGAUGAAACAUCUCUUCUUAAUCAUUUCCCAAAGUAAAUACUCUUGAUAGCACAUUAAACUAUUGAAAGAAAGUCUGGAUAAGAUUGAUUUAUUUAAAAAAGAAGUCUAGAGCUGCAGCUAUCGAAUAUUUUGGUAAUCGAGGAUUCUACCAAAUAUUCUACCGAUUACUCGAGUAAUUGGACCCAAACAGCAGACUCACAUAAAGUUAGAUUUCCUAUUGCCCCACAAUGAAGGCGAGACUAGGAGAAAUAGAGGACAAUCGCUAAACAAGCAUGUGCAUUAGCGGAUUGCAAUGCUUGCAAGAAAGCUAAUUAUGAUAUUAACUUUAAUCAUGCACCUAAAAACAUUGUGUCACCUUCAAAAGAAUCCAUGUGAAACAGUGCCAAUUUGAGCUUACAAAUGAGUAAUGAAGGCAGGGAAAAUUCCUCGAUCAUUAUUUGUAAUCGAGGUACUCGAGGUAUUCGAGGAAUCGUUUCAGCCCUAAAGGAGUCUUCCACAUGUACAGGACAAAAUUCAUGGUGCUUUCUCCACGGAGGGUGCCGAAAUUGGCUCGAACCAAAAGUCUCUCACAGGAGAUUUAAGGUAUUGAAUUGGAAAAGGAAAAAGAUGGUAUCAGAAAACAUCUCUACAAGUGUCGCCAGGCUUUUAAUAUUCCGUAAUCAGAUGUGAGUGUUUUUUAUUCAAUCCCCUGCAGCACAGGAUUCAGUCCUCAGUGUAUUGUUACUCGAAGAACCUGUGUCUUCUUUGUUGAAUAAGCAGCUCAUCUGUACACACGGCAGUGAGGAGAAAGUCACAUGAAAAGGAAUCCUGUGGUUUGUCUCCAAAUCCAUUAAUAUAUCCAAGCGUGCACGCUUGAUAUUUCCCCUUGAGGCUCAUGUCUUCUGUAACUUUUAUCAUAAUUUAAGCUAAUAACCAUGUUUUUAAAGGGUCUUGACAGCGGGGGUGUGGUUGUGACAAAGAUCCUCCUCUUCAGCAGCGGAGAAAGAAAAAGAGGGAAACAGAGGAUGUAAAUAAAAGUGGCAGCCCCUCGGGUAUCUCUCUCCCUAAAUAACCUGGGAGCUGUGAAGGAGUCACUAAUUACCCCUCCCACAACAGAGAGGGGAACAGAGUAACGGCCAGUCACACUCCCGCACAAAAUUAGCAAGAGCCUGUCAGUGUCAGAGGCAAUCACAAGGAGAUAACAAGGCGCAGAUUCAUAGAUUGUGUACGGCAAACGACAGCACCACGCUUGACUGCCAGUGGCCCGGACAGGAAAUGGAAGUGAUAUAUAUACGUAUCAAGGCCAUAGAUCGUCAGAAACAGGCUGCAGAAUCAGACUGACGAGAACAUACUACUAAAUACAGCGAGGCAGACAGACUGUCACACAGUGACCAGAUGAAUCAGAAAGGAUGUCACCAUGGCAUAUCAUCAAGGACUGAUAACAGGGCCACAGACUGUUAAACAUGGAGAAAAAGAAAAAUCUGUAAGACACACGGGUAUGAGGAAAAGCACAACAGUCAUACUCUGUUCCCAUGAGGAGGAAAGAAUACUAAAUAGCAUUCAUUUCUCUGCUGCCGCCACAAAACAAGCUACUUCUAACAAUGUAAGUAAUACCUAUGAGCAUACAUACAAAAGAGAUGAAAUUUGAAAAAAGGGAACCGAGAAAAGAAUAUCAAAUAAUAAAAAUGUGAAUCCCCCUCAGCCAAUGUGAAUAGGGCCAUAAUUACAAUCUCUUUCACUUGUUAUGUGUGGAUAUCUGUCUAUUGUUGAUGAUGUAUCAAGUGGUUUUCCUGCCAACUUCAUCCUUUCAUCACUGUUUUGAAAUUGAUGUCUUCUUCUUCCCGUUCUUUGUUGACCUCCCUCUCAUGCAUUUUUAAAGUAGCUGCAUAUCUUACAUCUACUUCAUUAUCCCCAAGAACAAGCUCAUUGUGUUUCAAUCGAAAUGCAAUAAUAUGAAAACAAUUACAGUCUCUUAUUCCUCUUUUUCUCUCUUUGUUUUCCCACUCUCUUUAGGAACUCAAGCUGUCUUGAAACGUGAGUGAAUGAUUCAUUGAGAAGUAAAAGAAACCAAGAGAAAGCGAUAAAAUCAACAGGAAGGAAAGGGGAACAAAAAACACUGAAUCAGAGAGGCCAUUAUGUGUAAAAGUACGACACCAUCCCAUACUUCGGCCAUCAAAUCUACUGACGGCCCAGGAGACAAUGCAAGCGUAGACGGAAGAGCAGCCAAGUAGACAAGGCCAUGUGAUGGAUGCAGAAAGGAUGGACAGGUUGUAUGUCCUUCCUACCUGUUUGUCUGUUGGAAACCUCUCCAGCCUAAGCAAGAGUUCCCCUUCAUGGAAAUUCAAAGAGAAAAUGGAAUAAGAAGUAAAAGACUUGGACACUAUGGACAUUCCUCACAUGCUCAUUUUAAAGAAUAUUUGAUGCUGCACAUAUUUAUUUUUGUACAAAAAUUAUGAGUAGAGAAAGACCUAUAAGGGUAUCGGGGUAAGCAUUUAUCACAUUGAUCUGUUUUUAAUUUUUUCUUGCUGUGCUUAAUACUAGUAAACCUUGAACUGUGAUUCUCAACCCUUCUUGAGAACAAUCUUUGUUUCAAAGGAAGUCUGUGGUCUCAACAUUUGAAAUAACUUGAGCUUGAGCUGCGCACAAGAAACAGCUUUAAAUGUUGUGUAAUGAAACUGGAUCUCAUUCAAUCAAUUGUACAGAUCACUCAGAGGUACAAUGAAUCCAUAGUGAGGGGAUAUUGAUUUCUUUGUUGACGCACUGACACAGCCAAGCCUUCACAACAUCAAACUGCCUGCAAAGCCUGUGGAUGUUGGGGGAGCAAGAGCAACAAGAGAAAUGGUGAGCAAAGAGCCAAACCAAGUGCUCACAGGCCAAACCAACGGCAAGAGCACUCUGGCGGACAAGCUGCCCGGGACAAUGACUGUGCGCUCUGUGUUGCUCAAUCGAGACUCCCCUGAUAUUGAGAGCCGCCUGAAGCGGCGACGCAACCGCACCCACCAGGUCCGUUUUAAAGACCUGGAGGAUGGCAGCAGCAGCAGCGGUAACAGUGGAACAGGAGAAAACAAUAGCCAUCAGAGGGUUGCCACGGAUUGUGACAGUCCACAUCCUCUUCGCAAACACAGCAGCAGGGCCCCCACGCCAUGGGCUGACAGGGAUGGCCCAAGGACUGAUAGCCUACCUGGCCAAACCUCUGUGGUGGGGGCUGUGCGUGGAGACAUGGCAAGUACUAUAGAGGUCGUGGCAGCUUUCUUAGCCAGGGCCCCCCCUCAUCCGUUGACACCAGGUCCUACGCGCCGAUGCUGGGCACCGCCACAGAGUAACUCCCUAACAUUGCCGAUGACACGCAAGCCCAGUACGAGCACCAGCACAGCCAUCCAGACCUCCCCAUGCCUGAAAAAACCCCAGUCCAUCUCUUCCACACACAGACGUAGCCACAGUCUUGGGGACUCAGUCGGCGUAGAUGGGGAUGAUGAACAUGACUCUCAAGAUGAAUACCUUAUGCACAACCAUGUGUCAUUGCCUGGGUCCAAGGAUCUAAAUGGUCCUUCUGUUCCAGGGGAUGGAACCGUUGUGGAACGAAGGUCCAGAUCUUGCAGGACAGACAUGAAAUCAGCUGUUAGUUUGGUAAAAAAUUCAAGGCACAGCUGUCCACCUUCAGUUUCCCACAAUGUUGAGCCCUGCCACUGCUCUACUGUAUCCUGUCGUGAAGGGCCGAAGCGUCAGGGGAGCAGCACUCCCUCAGCGAUCAGGAGGAGAAAGCGGCUGAACAGGACGACAAGUGAUCCUGGAAAGGAAGUACAUUACUGCACUACCAUCACUCAAACUGAAAGUCCAUCCCCAAAACCCUCAAUCACCAAACUCUGUACCACCCAAGUUCAAACAGAGAGCCCACCACCACCUAAAGGUUCAAAGUAUUGCACGACUCAAAGUCAAACUGAGAGUAAACAACAGUCUUUAGGCCCGAGUGACAAACAAUGCACAACUCCAAUUCAAAUCACCAACUCUCACCCAGCCCUACCUCCAAAUGCUGAACAGUGCACCACCCAGAUACAAACAGAGUCACCCCGUCACCUUUCCCCAGUUCAUCAACCUUGCACUACCCAGACACAAACUUGCAGUCCAUGUGCUUCCCCACCUCUGACAGCAACACCCAGCUCAGUGCAAGUUCAAUCUGACAGUCCUGAGCCCCCAACUAUAACUCAAGACCUUACCACCACCCAAACAACUACUGUGCCUUACUGUACCUCCCCUCCACCAAUAAAUGCACUCACAAAGAGCCCUGAACAUUGCGCAAAGCCAAGUUGCUCCUCUGCAACUGAGCCACCUUGCAUCACCCCUCCCCCACCUGUAGCACUGCCCAUUUCUUGCUCAACUGCUGCACCAACAGCCAUCCAACACCCCAUUCCCUAUUAUACUGUUGUGUCACCCCCGACAACCCCGAGUACAGCUGUGGUUUGCGCCACCCCUUCCAUAUCUGCAACACCACAUGCCACUCCAAAGUGCACCUCCCCAAUUCCAAACGCACCUUCACAAUCCCAAAUGGAGGUUAUGAUUCCAAAAGAAUCAUUACCUCCCCAAAUCACUCCAACCUCAGCCAUAACCCCCAGUGUGACCCCCAUCGAGCCCAGCGGUAAUCAAACAACUGCCCCAACUGUGACACAUCAACUACCAAUUGAUGCACCAAAAGCCACACCUCCUAUGAACCCUACACCUUGCACAUUUGUAACUCAAACUGCCAUGUCUUGCACCUCCAUAUCAUAUUACUCCACUACACAUCCAGUUGGUCCUAACGCCCCACAACCAAAUCCUAAUGCACCUACAUAUGCCACACUAAUACAGACUGUAUCUCACUGCAAUAUACCAUGUAAAGCUUUGCAAAAUACCUCUGCUGCCAACACAGGAAUAACCCCCUACUCCUCCCCAGUCCCUAAAUUAAAAUCUUGCACUUCUCCGCCUCCACUUGUGAAAACAUAUGUGUCCACUCUUCCACUUGCACAACAAUGUGCAACACCAACUAAAGCUGUUCCUCUGUAUUCUUCCACAUUUCGUGCCGCACCCCCAUACACUCCCCCCUCGCAGGCCUCCCUCAAUGCUCAGGAUAAGAGGGGCAUUCGACUUCCACCUCCUCCCCCACCACCUCCACCUUACACACCACGCAAAAAGGGAAAUGAUACACCAGGUCCUGCAAUCCGAACACCCAUGCUCAGGGCAGACAGUAAGGCCAGCAAGAAGGAUAAAGACAGGGAGAAGGAGAAAAAGGAAGAUGUAAAAUGUACAGACUCACCCAAGCUCUGUGAGAGAGCCAGCUCUUUGAAGCACAGAGCUCAAACUCCCCCAGUUGCUGUGAUGAAGGGAGAGAAGCAGUCCUCCUCCUCCUCCUCUCCUGCCAAGGCCUGUUUUAAGCCCAGCUGUCUCAGCUCAGCCCAGGCUCAGCUUGGGGCACUACACAAAAUGCUCUGCUCAGGAGCCAAUGCCCGACCCACCACCCCCAACAGCCAACACCCUCUCCCUCCAAACCAGCAGGGUUGCUCUGGAGCAAGACGCUGCUCUGCUUCUGGGGAGCGGCCUACUGCUGGGCCCCUGACUGCCACCCAGGCUGACACACUAAGACAGGUCCAGGAAAUUCUGGGAGGUUUGGUGGCUGGGGCCAGGUGUAAACUUGACCCAGCCAGGGUGACAGAAAAGCUCCUGAGCCCCAAUGGACCCCUACAUGACAUUCGUAGCCUGCAGAACCAGCUUCACAGCCUCGAGGGGGUCCUGGAGACCAGCCAGAACACCAUCAAGGUCCUACUGGAUGUAAUUCAAGACCUUGAGAAGAAAGAAGCUGAAAGGGAUGGGUGAGGAACUGUUUCUUUAUUCCCAAGUAUAAGUUUUAAGAAUGAAGAGGUGAAGUCUGCACACUUUCGCUAAAGCACAAGUAUAAUUUAAUUAUGAUUUAAGCCCCAUCAGGCCUGGAGAGGUCAUAGUACUCAUUCAACUGCAUAGUUACAUGCCAUAACGAUAAGAUAAUCAACACCUCACAGCUCUGAAGGGUUUUCACACUUGGAUUUAAUAAGCCAGCCCAUAGACACAGCUGGGUGCCAAAGCAGAGAGGAGCUAAAAGGCAGGAUGCAAGGGCACAUUUUUUAUAUGGUGCUUUGUGAGAUUAACUUUUGUUUGCAGUCCUCUGUGCAGUAGUUUGGUGUCUCCUAAAUGUUUGCUAAACAUGUUACUGUUACGUAGACUGUUCCAAUUAACCCGUAUUUUAUAUCUCAGUCAUACCUCAGGUGGCCAUCUUCACCACAUGGCCACCGCAUCAACCACGGGUCUUCAAUUAACACUCUAUAUAGGAUUUUAUUUACAUGCAUCCCCCUGUGUUUACUUUCCCUGUUUACUUUCAGUAGACUUUAAAAAACAUGAAAUGAUCAUUACAUAGUUUGCAAACACAAGGUGAAGGCUGACCUCUCACAUCCAUGCUGCAUGGACAGCAGAGCACAGAUUAUGUACAUUAUUUCCAUUAUGGGGUUCUUAGUGCAUCAUUUCUGUAGUUAAUCUUUGAUUAAAAUGACUGCACAGCAGAGCCGCAGAUAACAGUGAAAAAAGAUCAACGUCAUUAACACACAGAUCCACGUUCUGUCUCAUCGCUGCCCUGCAUUAUUAUACUCUGAUGACUACUGGUUCAGCUCUCUCCCAGUCAUUCAUAGCAUGUUAAGGCAUUGAUCUUGAAAUAUUUGAGGGUGUGCACUUAAAUACAGGACAUGCAGAGCAUGAAAAACCGACAGACACACCAGGGAAUUAUCUGUACUUCUACUCACACUAACGUGAAACACUGUCAAACUCGUUGAUCACGUCUGAUACUUAGGUCUUCUCCUCAAUGCAGAAUUGUUCUGUAUUUAACAAUGGCUAUAUCGGUGGUGUACUCAAGAUCUCUGAGGGGCAGGGGCAAGCAAAAAAGGGGCUCUUCCUGCACACAGACAGCUGCGAUUAAAGAAGAUCGUCCUUGAGCAGCAUUUUUGAAGACCUUAAUUUUUCAUCCUUCCUCGACAAUCUGUAAUGACAGGGAGGUUGCACCGUCCCAGUUCCAGCCUGUUAGAAAUAAAGGCAGGCAAAAAUUAGAUGAAAUUUAGUCAAUUAAAUUUCAGGUGCACAUUAGGUAGAGUUCACAGGAUUUAAGUAAUUUUCCAACCCCCUGAUACCCACAGCUAAGGGUUCAUUUAGACAUACUGAGGCACAAGGACUGAGAGCAGGGCCUCCCCCAGUAAGUUUUUAAUGACUAAAAAUAAAUACCCCGCAUUUUUGUAAAUAAAUAAUAAAGAAAACACAAAAUGAAUGACACACAAUUGCACAUAAUUGUUUUUUUCCCACACAUAAAGGUAUUAGGGGAUGUCUUUCCCCAUCUCAAGUACACCAAAGACUAUGUCUUCAUAUGUUAAUUUAAAAAGUAGAUUAAAAAAUACUGAUUUCAGAAGAUAAGGUGAGAAAAAAAUUAAAUCGGUCAUGAGAGAGGGAAAAGACAAACUCUUGGGUCACCUCCCCAAUCAUGUCAUUAAGGAAUCAAUGAUGAAGCAGAUAAAGAGAUAGUGAAUCAUCUGUAUCUUCACUGUAAUUACAAAUAAUGGAAGACAGUAGGACUUAUAUGCCCAUUGAUUGUUAUCAUAGAUAUUUAAAUAAUAUUUCUGAAUAGAUUACUUAAACGCAGUCUCCUCCAGUGUAUGCAGACAUGUUUUAUCCAGUAUUUUUGCGUGCACUUCAUUUUAGUGAAUAUACUGUUUCUACGUGCUGGAAUAACAAGUAAAUUCAAAUUAAGGAUUUAAAUUAAAAAAAUCAAGCGGGGGGGUCUGUUAUCUCAUAUUAUCAUUGAUGUGGAUACAGAGAGAGUAGGCAGUCCUAAUACUGGCCCAGUACACAUGAGCGUGCACUAUCAGACCAGUGUGGGCAAAUGUCUCUGUGCAGACCACAUCUUUAUCUGGAUUGACUGACCCGAUUUCAGCACACAUCCAUGUGCUUUCACACCUGCAGUUAAGGCUUGUCAAUAGUAAUCUGAUAAUAACAAUAGGGUCAGACUGUCAGAGUCUCCAUGGACAUUCCAGUGUCAUAAAAAUGUUAUAUAUUGUAAAGAUCUCUCAAAUGGUUUGGCUUUCAUAACACACAACACAAUGUUACACAUGUAUAAUAAAAUUACAAACCAAAACUGAUAUCUGUAAGCGUUAGCCCUGCAUGGAUUGAGAUUUAGUUUGAGGCUUUAAGUGCUAACUUGGAGUGGACUUUUCUUGCUCCAGUGAAAGCACAUUGGAAAGGUGAAAAGUCUAUCCAAUGUGUUUCAAUCCUGAGUUCCCAUAUUGUAGAGUACAUGACCCAGGUUCAAUAUUAUUCUUUGCACCACAAGUCCAAGGUGUGUGUGUGUUCAAAGAAGGUGUUAACAGAAGUGUGAAAUGCAGCGUAGCCUACGGUUAAAUCUGGGUUUUUAAGGGGGGCUUGUCCUGGUUGAAAUGUAGUGUGAAAGUCCUGGGCCAAAAGAAGAGCUUUCCCACAUUUGAAGUUGUAAAUGUGAAAAGACUGGAGGCCUGAGGCUAAUGGGGCUGUAAACCCUCCUAACACCGGAGCUCUUAACCCAGAGGCCUAGAGAAGUGUAAAGAGCCUUCUGCUAAUCUGUGGCCAAAAUUUACAUCAAACUCUCUCCUUCAGAUAGAUAGAUAAAAACAUAAAUACAUAGAUAGAUACAUAGAUGCAUAGAUAAAUAGAUAAAAACAUAGAUGCAUAGAUAGAUACAUAGAAAAAUAGAUACAUAGAUAAAAACAUGACGCAUAGAUUCAUAGAUAAAAACAUAGAUGCGCAUGGAUAAAAACAUAGAUGCACAUAGAUACAUUGAUAGAAAACAUAGAUGCAUAGAUAGACACAUAGAUGCAUGGAUACAAAGAUGAAAACAUAGAUGCAUAGACACAUAAAUAAAAACAUAGAUGCAAAGGGUUCAUAGAUAAAAACAUAGAUGCGCAUAGAUACAUAGAUGUGGCAAACAUUUACUCCAAACUUUCUAUAAACAUAGACAACAUAGAUGUAUCAAGGGAUGCAUAGAUACAUAGAUAUACAGAUGCAUCCAUUCAUAGAUAGAUACAAAGAUGCAUAGAUUCAUCGAACUAUAGACACAUAGAUAAAAACAUAGAUGCGCAUAAAUAGAUUAAUAAAAACAUAGAUACAGAGAAACAUAGAUAGAUGCAUAGAUUCAUAGAUAAAACAGAGAUGCAUAGAUAGAUUCAUAGAUGCAUAGAUACGUAGAUAAAAACAUAGAUGCAGAGAUACAUAGAUGUGGCCAACAUCUAAGUCAAACUUUCUCUUUCAGAUAGAAAGAAACAUUGAUAAAUCAAUGCAGGCAUAGAUACACAGACAGAUACAUAGAUGCAUAGAUACACAGACAGAUACAUAGAUGCAUAGAUACAUAGAUAGAUACAUAGAUGCAUUGAUAAAAACAGAUGCAUAGAUUGAUAGAUACACUGUUGCGUAGAUACAUAGAUAAAAAAUGGAUGCAUAGAUACAUCGAUAAAAACAAGGAUAUGUAGCUGGAUAGAUACAGAGAUGCAUAUAUACAUAGACAGACAGAUAGACAGGGAAUUAGAAUCAAAUGAACUGAUGGACUAUGUCGCAGCCUUGGUGUCCAGUUCACUGUUUCAUUCACUAGGUAAUUUCUCAAUCUUCUUCCCUCCUCAUAAAAGCAAAUGAAGAGCAGACAUGAAAACGUGACGGCAGCUGACAAGCUGAAAUAAGCUGGUUUUCAUUGGCUGAUUACAUUUCAAAAAGAGGAGCAUCUACAUCAGUGCUAAUAACCUCUCUGCAUCAUGUGCCGUGAAUACUAAAGAUGGAUGGCUGUUGUGCCUGAGCUUUGCUGUGAUGUGGCCCCCCUUUUUUUAUAGCCAAUCCUGGCUCUGUGAAUACUUCGGCAACAAAGUGUGGACAGUACACAAUUUCAAUUUUGGUGCAAAUGAGAGGGCAAUAGAAAGAGAGAGAGAGAAGUAACAAAAACAGCAGGGUGAGAAAAUGAAACACUACACUGGUAUGCAAGACAGAAGAGGGGGGCUGUUAUUAUUUUUAUGGAGAUUCGUGUUAGUCAUGUGACUCAGUCACAACUCUUGAUGUGCUGAAAAAUUCACGUCAGGUCAGACCACAGGGAGCACUUUUGGAGCUCGAUUUCACCCAUUUCGCAGCCGCUGUUUUCACUCAUGCAUGUAUGUAGCAGGCGGGAAUAGAUAGGAAUCAGCAUGCAGCUGUCAUCAUGUUGGUGGUUUCAUAUGCCUCUUAGUGUAAACCUUUUACCAUUCUCGUCAAGACUUUAAUUAAUCUCCUUCCCACAUUGUAAGCUUCUUAGUAAUUUCUCCCGCCUUAUCACACCAAAAUUGGAACAGAUAGACAAGGAUAGAUGUGUGUCUAUGAAUCCAUGGAAAGGCUUGACUGAUAUCUGAGCAGCAUAAUCCAAAUCAUGCUGGUAACGCUGAUGCUAACACUAUACUUUGCAGUCUUUUAAACAUAUGACUGCAUGGCCCUCCAUCUCAUAAAGUGACAUAUCUUGCGUGUUCCGGUACAAGAAAUCAGUGACAGGGCUAAGUCUAAUGCAUGCAGACUUGACUUUUACCUCAUAAGCAUUAUCUUAUGCCCGGAGUGAUGUAGUGACUCAUGUUUUACGUAACCGCCGGAGCCCGUUGGAACAGAGAAUCAUUCAUUAAAAAAUGAUCAGGGGUGAUUUCAGAAGGGAGAUUGCUUUAUUUGUAGGGAAGUAAGUGCCAGAAAUUUGGUCCAACGGGGGAAACCAUAACCUGAAUAUGUCUCCUGCAAGCACACACGCACAUGAAAAUCACUCUUGUACCCCUGAUAUGUCAUCUCCGUGCUUCUCCACAGAAGACAUUCAUACCGAACCGGACAGGACAUUGAGAACUGUGGGACCUGCAGGGACUGCGCCUGCAUCAUCUACAGGUAUGGAAGCAUGAAUAUCUACAUAUUUAUCACUUCUUUUACAUUGGAGCACUGGGCGCUCAGUGCGUGUCUAGGUGCACAGUUAUGUGCAUCAUGCUGUCAUUUUCAAUCACAUCACUUUUGGGAGGGAGUUCAGUUUUACGACUUGGAAGGAUUUGUCUUUCUGCUCGGUGUGACAGCACAGCCGGAUGCAGCACGUUGAGUGUGGCCACUCAUUGUACAAACACUGCUGCAGGUUGAGCACAGUUAUGAGGGAUUUGUAAAGACUCAGUGGCCGCACACGCAAGCUCUCGAAUGCAGACUGUCAGGUUUAAUGAUGCGAACACAAACACAGACUUUGGUCAUGCAUUCCUGUGCCCACUUUUUCUCUCUUCCUUUACUUUUACUUCUAUGCUUGUCCUUCUAGAAACAGAUCCAUACAGAAGCACAAGGUAUCAAGUACACACUAAUACAUCCACACAUAGAUGCACACAGUACUCAAAAUACAGCACACACACACACACACACACACACACACGCUAAACACAUAUUCAUGCACAUUUGCAGAGUUACUGCGUAAUUAUUCCGCUCUGAGAUUUCAAUUGAAAUCAAUUAAUUAACAAACAGGAUUUCACACUUUACAGGAGGGUGAAGGAAGGCAGGAUGAAAAGUGUGGAUUGCUAUAAAAUUAAAAUCCCUGUCUCUUACUUGUAAAUGUCAAAAUUGCAUGAAAAAUUAAUAUGGGUUAUUAGUGGAAAAAUAAAUCUUGUGGAGGCAGAGGAAAAAGACAUAGAGACUUUAUUCAGAGUGAUUUCCUGUUCAGAUAUAUUUUAAUUUUCUCUAAGUGAUCAUUUUUCACUCGGGUAACAUUUUUAUCUUUACUCUCUAUUUUUCAAACAUCUGGUUCUGGACGCAUUUUGUGUAAAUUGGACAUUUAACUAUAUUUGACCUUUAAAAAACAUGUUAGAUUUUUUUUUUCUCUAUUCAUUUGUAUAUUUUAGCUUUCUCUGACACUGUAAAACAUCUGAUCUUAUGUAUAUGCAGUAUUUUUAGACAUGUCAUGGUGUCAGAACCUACAUAUCAUAUAUUUUAUCAUCCUGUCUGAGACACUAUGAAAGCCUGUUUGACACAUACUUAAUUUUUUAAAGUUAUAAUGUCAAAACCUCUAUAUCAUGUUUAUUUCCUGUCUGAAAUAAUUGAAAAGCCAUAUAUAUAUAUAUACAGUAUAUGGCUUUUCAAGUAUUUCACAGUAUGUUUUUUUAGGGCAGAUGCCAAUACCAAUUAUUGGGGGGGGGGAAUCCAAUUACCGAUUAAUCUGCCAAUUUUUUAUGUUUUUUUAUUAAGUUAUAAAAAAUAUAUAUAUACUGCAGAUAUCUACAGUAUACUAUAUAGUAUACUAUAUACUGUAGAUAUACUCUAGGCUACUGCUCUUCACGCUUACAGGAAGACCGACUGAUCAUACUUGGACGAGAAAAGCGUUUUCAACUACCCUCAUUGUCAUGAGGUCGCUGCACCAUCUACAGGAUAAGUCGGGGAACUUUUCAAGUGGCGAAACAUUUUUGAAGUGAAACUGAAUCUUAUUCUCAGCAUUUUAUUUCUGAAAAUAUCGUCGAAAACCGAGAGUUUUGGCCGUUUACCGAUUAGUCUCAAAUGGGCUAAAAUUGGCCGAUUAAAUCGGCUUGCCGAUAAAUCGGUUGGGCCCAAACAUACAGUAUAUCCAAAUCUAUCUAUCUUUCUGUAUAAAAAAAUAAAUACAUGUAGAUAUAUAUGUAGAGAGAGAGGCAGAGGCAGAAAGAUAGAUAUAAACACAGAUAGACUGAUAUACAUAUAGAUAGCUAUCAAUAAAGAUACUGCACACUAUUACUGCACACUUAGAUAUUGGUAAAGAUAUGUAGAAGAUUUAUAGACAUAAAAAAGAUAUAGAAAAACAGAGAGAGAGCGAGAUGGAUAGAUGUGUACACAUAUUUACAUACAUAUAGAUAUAAAUAAAGAUUGAUUUAUUGAUCGAUUUAGAUUAAAAUAGCUUUACUCGUCAAUAUUUAAUAUCAGAUUGGUACGAUUACUCCAUAAGAGAAUUGUGUUAUAUUGGAAUACUAAGGGUUAUAUUUUGACCACAAAGCAGUUUUCAGAUUGAAACCACAAAAUAACUGUUCUUAGAUACAUUUGAUUCACAUCAGUAUAAGAAGAUACUGACUUUUUUUGUUUCUGCCAUAAUGUAAUCAGUGAAAUCCAUUUAUCCACCUUGGUCAGUGAUGUGAUUUAACAUCAGCUCUUAGAGUUAAGAUCCAGAUUAACUCAGGUCAUCCACCAUGUUUUGUGAGCAACAUGUUUGUUAGGCUAUAAUUGAUGUUGCUGAUGAAGGUAUCUAAGGCUGCUGUGUAGCAAACAUGAUACUGAUUGCACGUUGCGCUCAGUCAGAACUCUGAUUGAUUAAACUUCCAUGUAAACACCUUUGAGGGGUAAUGUUUGUCAUAAAUCUGGGGAAGCAUAACUCAAUUAAAAGGACAACUUUCAUCAUCAGUCAUCUUAAUUGUGGACUGGAGCUGUGAAAUGUGGCGUGUGUGCACCUCGGACCGAUUGCUCUCGGUGAUUUGAUUGUGUGUACUCACCUACUCACUCAUUUAUUAUUUAUCACUCAGAGGCGCUAAUAAGGUGUUUCCUGUAGCUACAACACAGCAUCAACACAACCUCAUCAUGAAAGAAAUGAAAUUAUCACUCAAGCUGAGUCCAAUGAAAAUACUGUUAUAAUACGGUUACUCUCUGUAACAAUAUUUAUACUGUUUAUCAAAACUCCUCUAACAAGAAACGAGGAAGGAGAGGAGAGAGUGGGGAAAGACAAGGAGAUAGUCAGUCGAAGAUAAGAGAGAUGAGAGAGGGGGAGAAUCAAGGAGAAAGAUCUGAGAUCUGAAAUAUAACAAGAGAGAGAGGAACCUAUAAAGAAAAUGAUUCAUCCAGAAAAUCAUCACAGCUUCAUCGUGAAAGAUUAAAGAUUGCAGAGAGUGUUACAGUUCACGAAGAACCAGCAGCUUCGCAUUUUAAACAAAAGAUACACAGAGAGAAAAAAAUGAGGAGAAUUGAUGGUUUUUCUUUACGUCGUGCUUUAUCAUCAUGUCUUUUGACAUAUAGCGCUCCAUAUUUCACUGCUUAGUCAACAUCUCACGUCUACUCCUUCAUGGUCAGACAAACUCUUAUCACUCAAUCGACCUGUCAAGUCGACAUGCUUCUUUCAUGUGUGACAAGAGGAUUUCCCCGCUUUGAAAGGGGAGGAGAUUUUCAUUUUCUUUGCGGCUCUACUUGAGCCAAGUCUGAAAGGAGAAUUUGGCAGCAGUGGAGAAAAAAAAGGUGUUUAAAGAGAAGGGGAAAAAAAAGAUCAAGUGAAGCCUGAAAAGGACUGAGUGAUGGAAAAGCCAUGAUAUGUGACAGGACAGAUUCCAUCAAUUAAAAAAGCCUCUUGUAGAAGUCUGAGUCCUCAAAGAAAGGCAGAGCUCAGCACACUACUAAACUAUUAAUCUAGCUGAGAGCUUGGACAGGAUUUAUACGGGGGAGAAAAACAAAAUAAUAUGCAUUUCAAAGUCAUAGAGCCACCUAUAGAAAUGACUCACAUAAAUUGAAUAUCAGAAAACCUUUUAUUUCAGGGCUGCCUUUGAGUCUAUACUUCCAUUCAGUUUUAUAAAGUCUUUCAGGUCUCUUUAGGUCAUUUUUUUGCUUACAGGCUCAUGAUAAAACAGGAUCUUCUAUCCUUAAAUUGAUUUAUCAUUUGUCUUUGAUUAUGUGAUGUACCACCUGAAUGGUAGAGAUGCUUUGUGGCUGCAGUAAUUAUGAGGGAAGCAAAACAUAGGAGGUUGUCAAGAGUCAUAGUUGACACACUUAAUUCAAUUCAAUUCAAUUCAUUUCAACUUUAUUUAUAUGGCACUUUUCAUACAAAAGGAGAUGCAAUUCAAAGUGCCUCACAGAGGCUAAAAACAAAAAUAAAGACAAAAACCCAACCCUUCCACCCACCCACACACCCAUGGACCCACACACACACACACACACACCCAUGGACCCACACACACACACACACACACACACACACACACACACACACACACACACCCUCACAUACACAAACACACACAACCGCACACAGUGUGAGAAUUUAAGAUAAAAUUUUAAAGAGACAUGGCCUGACACCGAGACAUUUCAUGAGGAACGAGCUACCUUUAGGAAACACUGGAGAUAAAAAUAAAGAUAAAAAUUGUGAAAAGAGUAAAACCUGAUGGACUUAAAUAAGAAAAUAAUAAUAUUAAAUGAACAAAUAAAUAAAAGGGGUAAAAGAAGUAAAAACCUGUGACAGUAAAUUAAAAAAUGCUAAGAACAGAGAUAAUGAAUAGAAUGACAUAAGAUAAACAUUAAGAACUUUGAUUAAAAUGAACAUUUGCAGUAAGAGAAGUCUAAAAUGGCAAUUAGUAAAAAGCCUCUAAGAUCAAUCAAUCAAUCAAUUCUAAUUUUUUACAACACCAGAUUAUACAGACUUAAGGUCCUUACACACCGGAAACAACACAAAUAUAGAACGCAAAAUGACGAAAUAUUCGGAGGUGAAUUUUGACGCGCCUGACUAUACACAUCAAGCCCGAUGCGAUUUUGCGCGGCCCGGGUGAUUGUUUUUCAGUUCUGAUUAGACACUAGUGUUGAGAUGUCUGUCUGUCAUGAUAGCAUGUACUGAGUCGGGGCGAGUACCAGAUAAGCACAUUAAACUAUAAUCCAUAAACGUAAGGUAACAACUGAGACCUAAUGGUGCUGUGACGGCAACGCGAUUGAGUUUGAGACAGUGAAAAUUCAUAUGGUAUGUUGUAUCUGAACAGGUUAGCUUAUGAGCUAAAGUUACUUAGCACAGAUGAAAAUUAAAACAAAGAUGUUUAGCAAACAGUUAAAGCACACAAACCAUCGUCAUAUGAGAGAUCCGACGCUAUGACUCUCCACAAGUUGUCCUUCAGGUCGUUCUCUUUGUAAUGUUUGUGUCUUUUAUCAAAAAGCACUCUGUUCUCCAACACGUAAACAAUCAGCCGGUCGAGUGUUGGAUAUACCGGUGAAUCUGACGACGCAACAACAUGAAAUCUGAUUGGUCAGGAGUGGACACACACAGUAUGCUAAAUUUUAGAAAAAUCGACCGUGAAAUGAAAAAAUAAAUGCCACAGUAUCACAGGACGGGAAAACGUCGCUGAUGUGAACGCUUGUAUUGACAGGAUACGGGUUCAAAAAAGAUAUUGACGUCCAAAAUAAUCACACAAUAAAAACGGUCCCGAUGUGAAAGGACCUUUAUGGUGAGAAUGCCAAUAAUAACCCAAUUUUGGGAAAAAUAAACAAUCAAAAUAAAAAUUCGAUAACGAUAAUAUGAGCAGGACUCAUAUUGAAAGUUUUAGCAGUUACAGUUGGAUAGGAAGCAGCUGGUUUUCUGCAGCAACAAUUCACAGGAAACUCUGAGGAUCUCUAAGAGUCUCCAGGAGUAUAUGCCUGCUAACAUUAAUAAGUUAUAAAGAUCUGAAGCUUGUUAAAUUUAUUAAGCCUAAUAUUCAACAUAGCUAGGGGCUGGUCUGAGUCUAAACUGCAAGGGUAAUUAAAAAAGAAAGUAUUAAGUGCACUCUUGGAUCAUUCCUAAUAACUGAAGACUAAACCUCCAAAACUACUUUUUAAGAUUUAAAGCUCCAAUAGGGACUUUUUUAUACAUAUGAAACAGACUUGAAAUCAAAUUAAUGUCUUUUUGCGAUGUCCAAAAGCAAUCAAGACUAUCAGGGACAAGAUUGAUGAUUUUUAUUAUGUAAUUUUUAUGCCUACUCGUGCACAGGGGUAGGUGUAGAAACAACCCUGUUUUUAAAAAAUCCCCCUUAAUUAUUCACAAUAACUAAUAGGGCUGGGCGAUAUAGCCUCAAAUUAAUAUCACGAUAUAUUAAGCAGUCAGCCUCAACAAUGAUAAAUGGAAAAUAACUACUCCACAAAUUGCUCACCCCCUCCCACAUUAACUUCAUCUACUUCGGCCACCGCUCCUGCCGCUACAACUUUUGAACCGUCCUCCAUCUCCUCACCUGUCUUUCCCUCUUCGUUACGGACUGGAUGGCGUGGGGUCAAGUCUCUGACAUAGGACAACGUCUUAAAGGGACAUGAGACCAUAGCCUACCUAAACACAUCCAAAACCAACUUUUAUUUAUCUAUUUUCUGACACCGAAUAUAUUGACAUGGGCAACACACAUACUUGUGUUGGCAGUCGUGGCCAAAGGAGGAUUCAGACAAUUUUCUGUACUUUCUGGUUGGUUUAUACUGUCUGAUAUUGUAACACGCUAACUUAGUUUGGGCUUGUGAAUGACACGGGGUAGCAGCGUCUGCCUCACAACAUGGGGGAGCAGCAUCUGCCUCACAACCAAUCAGGUUGGGGGAGGUGGAGAAUGGUUUUGCUUACAGUCAGAAAGAGCGGAGCGCUCAAAAAAUUUAAAACGUUGACUACACAGACAAAACAAAACACAGCGUUAUCAAUAUGUUCCUAAAUGUCAUCAAUAACUAAUAGCUAUUGACUGAUAUUAGAAGCUUUUUGUAUAUACACCACAAAAAAAGAUCCUUAUUUAACAGAUUCCUGCCUACCCCACCUUUGAGGUACAGUUCUUAAAGUGUAGAGCCAGUAAACAGCACCCUAAUCCAGGCAUAUAUGUGACUAAAUGUCUUUGAUAAGGGGGUAUGUAGCAGCUAAAUCACGACACAUUUUCCCUUAAAACAGUGGUGGUGCUAACUCUGAGGUCUAAUGUUCAUAAUUACAGAAAUUAACACUUGUACACAGCGAGCAAGGAUGCGUGGAUAAGCUCCUCAUUUGUUCUACUUUUAAAUGGUCUCACAUUACAGGAAGAAUAAUGCAUGAUUCAUAUGAUGAUAUUUAUCAGAUAGCAGUAGCGCAUAAACUUUGUGUUAAUGUGACUAUGAUUUCACAGGAUUGUUAAUCACUGCAUUAUUCUUUUUGCUCAUGGCGAAUGGUACGUAUGGAAAAAAGUGCCAAGGUCUAAGAAGAAAGUGUGCUUCCUAAUCCCUGUGGAGUGCACAGAGAUGGCAGCCUAAUCAAAUCUGCACUUCGCUGCUUUAUCUCUGCUUCCGCUUUGUCUAUUGCUCGAUCACGCAUUUCAGGAGGAGCUCGAUGGGAGAUGGAUUAAUGACUCUCUGGACCGUACGCUUUUCAGCCAAACUACGAGUCCACUAAGAGUUUCUUUUUUUACAAACACAAUCUGUCAUUGCCUUGACUGAACAGCAGAUGAUUGAGAAAAAAAGGGUGCUGAGGAAGCACUCUUCCUCUUUCUGUCUCCCUCUUGUUGGGGAUGCCAGUCAUCCUUGUUUGAAAUCUGUACUGCGGCCUCGUUUCACACUCGUAUUGUUUUCUCUCUCAUUUACAGCCUGUGCUGCCUUUUUUGAGCAUCCUGUUUGUCAAUGACUGCCUCUUCACAUCUGUGUUAUGCAUAUGCAUGCCAGGCGUAGUGGCGUUGGUGGUGUUGGUGGUGGUGAUGGUAGGGUGGAGGUUUCAUCCACUGAGACUCGUAGGACGAAGGCUGCAGACGGAUCCAUUAGGAGGGCUUUGAGACGAACAUUUUGUGACAGCGCCUACAGUAACAACUCAUCACCACACACCCAUCAUGAAUCAGCGCUUCCUGACGCACAUCUUCGCUGACACGACAACGCAUGACGGACCUGGAAACUUGCACGCUGUCCUUCGAUUGCGAUAGACCAGAGAGUGAGUUGGUGGAGCAUAAGAGAGUCUGGGCACAGGGGAGGGAAAUUUUGGAUGACUCUUCAUGCAUAUCAAUAUCUCCAACUUUUUUUUUCUCUCCCGCCGUGUAUCCCUCAGUGAUUCGUACCUCUUCCUCUCUCUUUGCCUAACUCUGGUGUGCGGUGAAAUAUUCAUCUGCAUUAAAAAUUCAUCACAGUGGCUUUAAAAGAUUUUAAAAAGUAAUAAUAGUGUUAAAAGAGACCCGGAGACAUGGCUCCUUUGGCUCGGUGCGGUAGAGAGAUGACUGCCAGACACGUUUGUCCCCAAUGAUGGCGCAGUACUGCUUGUCUUGCAUUGUUAGAUAAUAUAGCCUGAUGGGCAUGUGCAGAAACAACAUGAAGAGCAUUUUUUUGUGGGUUAAGGUUUAGGAAACUGUUACCCUUAGUUUUACUUCCAUCCACCAGCCUUUUUUUUUCAGUAUGACCCAAACCGCACAGUACAGAGUGACACUUAACACUGAAGGCACCUCUCAGCAGUGCCCUUUGUUGUACUAUUCAUUCAGAUGAACAAGGCAAAAGUGGGGGAAAAAAAACUUUAUUUGAGACAGCUGUGACGUUAGGAUGGGCCAAAAAAUGGGGGUUAGGAAGAAAACAUGCAGACAGGUAGUCAGGGAGAUGGAGAAACAGCAAAAGGUCUCUUUAAUAGAAGCUGUAUACAGAUAAACAGAAGAGGCUUUAUGUACAGCUAUAUUAGCGUUACAACAAGUAGGACCACAACAUAAUAAUAACUUUAUUUUUAUAGCACGUUUAAAAACAAAAGUUUACAAAGUGCUUUGACGAACUGUCUUAAAGCACAGAACAUUAAGCACAUGGAAAUAAAAACAAAUAAAAAACAAAAGCUCAGUUAAAAACAAGGCCUCUGAAUUGAAGGCCAAUUUCAUUUGUCAUAAGAAACCCAGACAAUACAAGAACCUUACAACAUAAAAUGUGACCAUGAGGACCAAAAUGUAAAAACAUAAAAUAGGUAAGAAAAAGCAAUGUAAUAAAAAAAGGGGGGGUAGAAAACCGGAAACAGGCUAGUAAAUAGAAAAAGACGAUGUUAAUAAUGAUAAUAAAAACUGUUUAAAUUUAAUUAAAACAUGUUAAAUUAAACAAUAGCAAUACAUUUAAUUUUCCUUAAAAAGUUUGAACUUGACUGGAUUAACACUUUUUAAGGAAACUUUUUACUUUUACUCCACUACAUUUAAAACAAAAUCAGCAUACUAUGAACCACAACAUUUCUACAAAUAUUCUCAUAACUCACUUCUUUUGCUUUGAGGCAAGUAAUGAGUUUUUCCUUUUCUAAAAUUUAGUACAACAGACUAAAAAGACUGUGUUUGAGUAGCUUGGUGCAUGGUUUGUCUGAGUGGCGUUGUAUGUGCCCGUACGUUGCGAGUCUUCAUUAUAGUCUACCAUAAUUUGCCCUUUAACCUGAUCCAACAUGUCCAGCAUUCUUUAACCAGGCUGUGAAAAUGUUUGUUUUUACUCUAAAAAUUGGCUUGUUUUUUGGCUUAGUGUGGAUGGUUUCUGUGGCCUCUGCAGCCUGCCUCAAGGGGACACUGGCGGAACUGCAGUUUUUAGCACGUCUGCAUCAAUUUCAUUUCUUGAGAUGUUGUAAGUUCUCAUCAUCAUUUAGAUUCAGGUUUUAUUCUGACUUUAUCUUUAAAACACUGUUUGAAUACUUUUUCUUUUUUUCUAAAAAAACAAGUACUCCUGUACUUCAACCACAACAACUUUUACUUAAAUUGGCCUACUUCGACUCAAGUGAUGAAGCUGUAGACUUUGCCAACCACUGUAAAUGAAUACAACUAAAAUAAUGAUCUGAUUACAUGAAUUUAUGACUCUCAUUAUAAGACAACUUUAUCCCUCCUCCUCUAUUCAAGAUGAAGCUUUGAAAGAAUUUCAAAAAAAGAAAAAAAUGUCAAUUCUUAUUUAAAUUAAUGAAAAACAAGCACCUUGAUUUAUUUUAGCAUUACAUUGUGACACUGAAAUGUAAUUAAAUGUGAUCAUGUAUAAAUGAAGCUCUUAUGGUAGCAGUAUUUUAAUAUCUCCCAAGCUUAAAUAACCUGAGGUAUAUUGGAGGGAUGACAGGUUCACUAAUGGGUGUACUUUCAUUCUGUUUUUUAUUAUCAAUCUCAUCUUCUCUGGCUCGCUAUCUUUUGACUUUACUCCCCGUGACACCAUAUCUCUUGGAAGUGUCACAGUCAUUUAAUGUCUCUGUUGAUUUAAUAACCAAUUUCUGCGAAAAUGCAAUAUACCUCCGCUUCAGUUGUUGAUUACCACGUGUUACUUUUGAGGAAGUUAUUCACCUUGUCGUUCCAUUUUUCAAGAACACUUUCUUUACAGAUAUAAAGCAUUUGUUGUGACAAAUUCUUUCGUUUACUGACUAAAUCUCAGUUUUAAGAUGUCAAUUUUUUUAUAGAAUUGUUAAGAGGAAAAAGACUCGACCUGUAAUUGGGUCGAUAUUAUGGAUUUUUUGGGGACGAUGCAGAUACCGAUUAUUAGGGAGGGAGGAAAUCCAAUUACCGAUUGAUCGGCCGAUAUUAUUAACUUUUAUGAAGUUAUAAAAAAAAAAUAUAUAUAUAUAUAUACACUGUAGAUAUCUACAGUAUACUAUAUACUGUAGAUUUUAUACUAUAUACUGUCGAUUUACUGUAGGCUACUGCUCUUCAUGUCAACAGGAAGACCGACUGAUCAAACUCGGAUCAGAAAAGCGUUUUCAAAGCAGGGAACAUCGUGAAGUGGGUUGAACUGAAACUUGUUGACUUAUUGUGUAUUUCACAAACUAGUUUAUUUACCGUUGAGGCGGACCACUCUCCUCCGUGCGUCCCUGAGCUGCUUGCUUCAGAUCCCUCACUCUGCUGUGUUGUGAGGUAGUUAGUGGAUGAAGAUUGUCAUGAGGUCACUGCGCCAUCUACAGGAUAAGUCGGGGAACUUUUCAAAUGGCGGAACAUUUUUGAAGUGAAACAGAAUCUUAUUUUCCGCAUUUUAUUUCUAAAAAUAUUGGUGAAAAUCAGUGAGUUUUGGCCGAUUACUGAUUAGUCUCAAACGGGCUGAUAUUGACCGAUCUAAUCGUCUCGCUGAUAAAUUGGUUGGGCCCUAGUCCAUAUGGUAUAAGCUCUAUCAAUAAAGAAAAUUUUAGCCUUCUGUUAAGGGGGGGUAGCUUCCCCUUGCACAGAAAGAGACGAUUCCACUCGCAGGUUUCUCCUCUUGGAGAUUUCAGGUGUCAUGAGCAGAUCUACGUUUGGAGGUGUAAUUUUCGAGAGGGGUGAUAGGCCACGUUGAGCUGUAAAGAUAUGGUGAUUCCCAGCCUACAAGACAGAUGUAGACCAGAGAGGAAGGAUUGCACCUUCUACUCUUGAUUUUAUAUUAAAUUGGUCAGAACAAGGUGCAGAGUCUUUGCUGUCACUCAUUCAGUGUGAAGAGCUGUGGGCUGUGGUGCAUGGAGGCCUCAUUCACACACCUCAUGCCCUCUAUAAUGUGCUUCAGUCUCCAGAGUGCUACUUCUCAGCUUGGGCUCACGUUUCCUUUCACCACCUUUGAUUCACUUUCUCAUGUGGCCCAGAAAGAGCAUAGCAGUCCAAUUCAAAUACCCUCCACGGGCUCCCAACACUGGCCCAAAGCUACUGACAGCUUCUCAUUGUCCUGUUUUUUAUCCGGAGGAAUACGGUGCUCUACAGACAUCAGAAAGAGGCGCCUUUUCCAGUAGAUUGCUUGUGUCACUUCCUCCACUCUCUCCCCACAUUUCCCCAUUUUUCUGCGCUUUGAAUAUAAAUACAUUUCACACCUAAAUGGGGUUGAGGAGAAGUGGUGCAAACUCACAGCAGGGGAGAGGGGUGAGAGGAGAGGAGCGUCAGGGAGGAGGAGGUGUGGAGGAAAGAUUGCCCAGGCAAAGACUUACAGCUUUGCUUUUCCUUCCACAGUCAAAUGAACCAGAACCCAAGGUGUUUCUGCGCAGUUUAUUCAGGGAAACCAAAAUCCACACUAUACAUAGAGGGAGCAAAUGAGCAGAAACUUGUCCAAAAUAAAUCCGAGCCCUAGUGUGCGCACUUUUAGCUGAGCUCCUCAGCACACAGUGAUGUGCAAGCAAAUUAUAGAUGAACUUCUCAUGUUCACGGUCACAAAGAUAUUUCUGAACCUGUAUCCAGCCUCCAGCCGUUCAUUAAACAUUGACAGUCCUCUGCCAUUAUCAUAACAGGGAGUGAAAAGACCUGACUGAAUAGAAUAUAAGAUGAAUUCCCAGGAAAAAAAAAUAGAGUUUAAGAGAGAGGAGGAGGAGGAGAAGGAGAGGAAAAGUGCAUCUGCAUUUGAAGAGGCAACAAAGUCUAAGCAAAGCGACAGAAAGAGGAAAUGGAGCAGAGGAUACGUAACAGUGACAGAAAAAAAUGUGUUUUUGUGCAAGCACAUAAUAUGAAUUUAAAGAGGUAACAGUGAAAAGCAAAGACAGGCAGCCAAGGGUUCAGGGUUGAACAAGGGCGUUUAGCGAGUCCUGAUCUCAUGAACAACAGUCAAUUUUUUCCAGUUUCUUCAAAUCUUUAUUAUUGAUCGUAACCCUGGUAUUGGCUUUACUAUAAAUUGUCUCAGAGGACGAUAAUUAUAGGAUUGAAAAGGUUCUAACUAGUGAUGUACCUGAAGAGAGACAUCAUCUGAAUCUAUGGCUAUCCUUAGCUGGACAGAGACGAUUUCAGGCAGAGCAGACAUCUUUUUCAGGGGAAAACUUUCACAACUAACUUUACAAUACCUGAUCAGAGCCAAACAGUAGAUGAACUACUCUGCUCCUCAGAAAUGUUUUAUUGCAAACACUUCAUAUCCUGGGUUGUGUUCCUGGCAGCACUUCCUCAGCAGUAUGAAGGGAUGGGUUAUUCAUCCUCGUGGUCCGAUGAAGUGCAGAACUUCUCUUGUCUUUUUGUCUACCACUUCUGGAGCAUUUGUUUUAAGUGUCUAACUAAGUUCAGAUUUUCAACCACAUUUUUUAGUAAUGUCAGAUAUAGCUUACCGCAACAGUGGCAGAUGACCUAAUCGGUAACAACAACUCAAAGUUGUCCUGCUCAAACAAAAAAAGCAGAAAGCUAUGAUGUUAAACUCAGUGCGUUUACAUGCACAGCUUAAGGUCUUUACACACCAGGACCAUCGCAAAUAUACGACGCGAAAUUACGAAAUAUUUGGAGGCGAAUUUUGACACGCCUGACUAUACACAUCAAGCGCGAUGCGAUACUGACUGUUUUUAGUUCUGAUUAGACACUUGUGUUGAGAUGUCUGUCUGUCAUGAUUGCAUGGACUGAGUCGGGGUCAGUAGCAGAUAAGCACAUUAAACUAUAAUCCAUGAACGUAAGGUAACAACCGAGACCUAAUGGUGCUGUGACAGCAACGUGAUUGAGUUUGAGACAGUGAAAAUACAGAUAGUAUGUUGUAUCUGAACAGGUUAGCUUACGAGCUAAAGUUACUUAGCACAGAUGAAAGUUAAAACAAAGACGUUUAGCAAACUAUUAAAACACACAAACCAUCGUCAUAUGAGAGAUCUGACGCUAUGACUCGCCACAAGUUGUCCUUCAGGUCGUUCUCUUCGUAAUGUUUGUGUCUUUUGUCAAAAAACACUCUGUUCUCCAACACAUAAACAAUCAGCCGGUCGUCCAUGUUGGAUAUACCGGUGAAUCUGACGUCGCAACAAUACGAAAUCUGAUUGGUCAGAAGUGGACACACAGUAUACAAAACUUUGGAAAACUCAGCCGUGACCUCAAAAAUAAAUGCCACAAUAUUGCAGGAGGGGAAAACGUUGCUGAUGUUAAGGCUUGUAUUGACAGGAUGUGGGUUUGAAAAUAAAUAUUGACGUUCGAAAUAAUCGCAUGAAAAAAACAGUCCCGGUGUGAAAGGACCUUGUAUCAGACUAAGCUCAUAAUUCGUUUUUUUUUUUCGCCGAAUUGGACUUCUCUCCUUGUCUGCAUAUACAUGCAGCGGAGAAAAUUAAAUUAUUGACAUAAACAUGUCCUCCUUCCCAAAACUAGGGGGCGUCAGACGCUGUUGUUUUUGUUGUACACGAUGUACGUGCUACUUUUUCUGCAGGUGAGAUGCAUGCUAUUCCUCUUCUCUGGUGUUUUUCUUCUGGAGUUAAGGGGGCGUGGUGCACAUGCACAUGCAUCAUACUCCGACUACACUAGUUACAUGGUAGAGGCAAUUGAAUUCCAAUUGCAUUAACUGGGUGUCUUAAUUGGAGUUCUCCAACUAGUCAGACUAAGGUGUUUAUAUGCACUUCAGUUGUCCGGUCUUAAUCAGAAUAAGGCAACAAUUCAGUCUUCUCGAGUGUCAUGUAAACGUACUGACUGGCUUCUCUAAUCAAAAUUCGGCAGGCUGCGUAUCCUCCACUAAAGUUUUCAUCAUUUGGUUUAUAUCGAUGGUCGUAGGGUUUCAAAGCUCUCCCUCACAGCUGUUUUUGACGCCUCUUUGGCUUGACCAGUUACAGGCUGGCAAACAGGUCCCAGUUACUGAUUUCCCCAACCUAAAAAACCUCAGCUUUUUUCUAAAAGACCAGAAGAACUUGGAUGAAUACUGGAGAUUCUUCUGAAAAAUGGAGAGAAGUUGGAGAGCAGGAAGUUUUCAGGGCCGAUUUAGAGCUGGCUGUUUUUCUCCUGACAGGCUAAGGAGGGAGGCAAGCAAAAAUCUAUCUUAUUUCUAAUUUAAAACGGCUAUUAAGGAUUGGCAGCAUAUCAAGGCAGCAAGUAACAACAUUGAACACACAUAGCCGGUUUCUCAUUCUAACAGGAGCUAAUAGAUAAUCGCUAGAAAGACUGGCUCCAGUGGUUAAGAGUCAUACAUAGACACGUUUUAAUUUACAUCAUGAUUUACACAUAAUUAGCACUACGCCAACAGGAUCUGGAAAGUACAGUGUAAACACAGCCAUACACAAAAGCACAGUUAAUCAAAACUGUAACCGGUUAGCCUUUAAUCUGUUUACAAAGAUCUGAAUGUUGUCUGUUCAAAAUCAAUUGAAGGGAACAUCAAUGUUAAAGUCAAUGCCUGUUUGAGGUCUGGCAGUUUGCCCUCCUCCAACUGCAACAAAGAGGGUCUCCAAGAUCCAAGUCCAGUACAAGAUUUAAUCCAAACACAUAUGUCCAAAGAAUCAACAGACUACCUAAAAUCUACAAAGGCCAUCCUUCUCUGGUUGUGAACAACCUCAGUGUAGAUGUUCUUAGUGGCGGGAAUUCAGGCUCUUUUGGUGAUCGAGAUCAUUUAGCUCAGCACGAACCGACUCUCCUGACUCCUUAAGAGCUCUUAGUUGUUCAUUUAAAGUGGUAGCUUUCUUCUCAAUUUGCUCUGUACCUUAGUGCAUCUGCUGCUGUAGGGCUAGGUUCCUGUUUGAAGUCAGGAAAAGCAAUUAAGGACUUUGUUGAUAAGAACUUUUAAGGUUACGGUAAUUCAUCACAAAAAUAACUUUCGUAGAUGUAGCCAUCUUGUUUCCACCUCUGAUUUUCCUUUUUUCCGACUGAAACGCUGGUAACUCGGGUGUGACAUCAUUCUCAGCUCCGACAUCUGACUUCCGAGGUAACUCGAAUGCUGCAUUAAAGCUCUUAUGAGGAACUAUUUGUCUUUGUUGACCUUGGCACCCCAUGUGGACAAAAUGGUAACUGGCUGUUUUUAUCUUGUCCUCUUGAAAGUGGUUUUAAAUAAUGAAAGAAAUCUCCUCCUGUGUCCUUUUUACUUUGAAAUGAAUCAAUCCCUAACAAAGGCUUUUCUUCAGUGUACUAACCCCUCACAGCAGUUACAGACAUUAAAGUCCCUCUCCAAUCAUUUUUUUUUAUCCAUAAAGUGUUCUCAAUGGUCUUUAAAGUUUGUUUGUUUUUUGUUUUUUUUUUACCAAAAAUUGCGUUACCUGUGUCAUUUUCAAGGGAUUUUCUUCUGCAGAGCUCCAGUAGAUCAUUAGCAAUUCACCUCUGAGUUGUGGGCAGAGACAGUGCUUCUCUGCACACUCGUCUUCACGUUAGCUUGCAGCCUAACAUUGCCGGUGUAGUAGAGGUGGCAGGUAACACAGAAGCUCUUCAACUUUCGUAUACUAAUGUCUUUAGGGACAUGAUGAAAGUUAUUACUAUAAUUAGCUUUCUAAAGAGCAUUGCAGUCCGCUAACACAUACGCUUGUUCUGUGAUCGUCCUCUCUAUUUCUCCUCUAUAUGCAGAGUCUGGCCUGCAUAGCGGGGCUCUGGGGGCGGAGCUUGGAUUGUUUACAUAAGAAAUCUCAUUGUUUCUGAACCUGCUGUUUGGGUCUGCCAGAGAUUCACAGCAAUUUGAAUGAAAAAAUACUCAGAAAAGCAAUUUCGCAUUUAGUUUUUUCAUAUGUCCUGCAGCAUCAUAAAAAUGUCAUAUGAACAUGUAGACGACAAAAAAAACAUGAUUUUCAUCGGAGUGGGUCUUUGAAGAUUACACUUAACCGAUCAAUAAUCUUAUUUGCUUUUGCACACUGUAUAGACGCCUCACUGUGCAAUUCAGCCGGAUUUAAAACCCUCGAAAAACUCCUCACAGGAGCUUUAAGUUUAUCGCACAAAUGUGAAAAACAUGUCAACUCGAGUUUCAGCCUUAUUUUGCUCCUGAAUCUUCGGAGUCUGUGACAUGGCAACCCGUGUGCAUAUCGUCUCUAGUGAGGAUGAGUAAGGGGAGUACUUAAGUACCCAUUUAGAUACAGAGGGUCCAAACAACAUAAUGCUCCUUUGAAAAAAAAGGAUCCAGGUCUAAUUUUGUUCCCUCAUACCCUUUAAAUUAUUUUUUCAGCCAAUGUCAUUUCUUGCAGAUAAGCCUGUUUUUUCUUCAUACCUGUCGUCCUUCAUGGGGUGUGGAGCAAAUGUAAAGGUACAAAGAGGAAAGCCUUUUUUAACUUAAUCUAUACAAACAUUUUGUCUGUAUCAAUUACAGAAGCAGUUACAGAACAAGAAAACAUUGAACAGGUAAAUCAUUAUACUUUGGGGUAUUUAUGCUUUGGGGAGUGGAAAUAAACUGUAUCAAUCCUCAGCACUAACGAGAACCUACCAAGCUAAACAAUCAAUCAGUAAUGCACCUAUUGAGUCCAGAGGUUAAGCCCCUUCAGCCAAGCAACACAAAGAUAAUCAUUUGACUGCAGAGUCUUGAUUUACUCCUUUCAGAUAUUUCAAAUGGCCGAGCUGUCCAUACCUGAAGGGAAAUUGAUCCAGACAUGAACAGAUUUAUCACCUAACUGUGCGUUUUAGAGCGAAAACACAGGCGGAAACACGAGGAGACCAAAGUGAAUAAAAAGUGAGUAAAAGGAAAAAAACAAGAGCUUGUGUAGCUUCAGUUUAACUGGAUAUGAGAGGUUUUGGUUUCUCUGAAGAAAGAUUUGUCAGAUUCUUGACUCUGACCUUUUGCUAACGACCCUGUCAGAGCCUUCAGACCUGCGUGUGUGUGUGAGCAUGUGCGUGUUUGUGUGUUUAUGCACAUGCGCACCACUUCCCCCUGGAUGAGGCUGAUAAUGGAGAAGUGGUGAGUGUGUGUGCAUGUGCGUGUGCGUGAAAGAAUUGUGUAAAGGGCAGGGCAGGCAGUUCUUCUGCAGUAAUCCAUCUUUACUUCAGGGCUGAGCCAAAGAGCAACAGGCAGCUCAUGAGGGAGACACAGAAAAUACACUAUGGACAUCACCUUCAUUCAUAUAGAGCUGAUGCGUUUUAUUCCUGCCAUAGCUCUGAUUUUGUGAAAAUAUUCACUGUGGCUGUAAAAUUUGCAUCCAUCCCUCACGUUUGUAUCCAUCCGCUUAUGAGUUUGUUUGUGUGAAGAAAUGACAGAUAUAUAGGUGCUGGGUGUGUGAAACAGACGGGCAGCGAGAGCACCAAGAAGAGAAGAAAGGAGAGCGAGGUCCCUUGUUCACGCCAUUUGGCAAUAAUCACAGAGCCCGAACUCGCGCCAACAGUGAGGGCCAGAUGGUGCCCAUCACUGACGUGCCUCGUCUUUGAAACAGGGAGGAGAGAGGAAGAUCAAGAGUGGCGUGCUGUGGAUGAUGUGUCAUAUAAAUACUAAUCACGCUACAAUCACACCCACAGCUAAAUUAGAUCCCUCGAGCGGCUUCACUGGUACGCACUCCACCAGAUUUGGCACCACAUCCGUCAAAAUGAUCGAUAAGAUUUUAAAUGCUGUGUGCUAAUUUGAGAACUGUUUUCUACUAAAAAUGGUCAGAUAGUGUUUGUGAUGGUGCUCAUUGUUUCAUUUGACAAUGAUUCAUAUGUCAUGAUGCUUCAUACAUCCGUUACAAUGAAUUUGCUUUUUGGGUUGCCAGAUUGUUAAAAAAUCCCUCUUUACUGAUGACAUUUUUGAAGAUUGGGUAGAAAAUGUUGGCUUCAGAUACAUUCAAUCAGUACGUUUACAUGACACAAGAGAAAACCGAAUUAUUGCCUUACUCCAAUUAAGACGGGACAACUAAGGUGCAUGUAAACACUUUAGUCCAGUGGUUCUCAACUGGUGGGUCCCGACCCAAAAGUGGGUUGCGGACAUGUUCUGGAUGGGUCACGAUAUUUAUUAGAUAGUCGAUAUGUCCUGUAUAUGCAACUUCAGUAGUUGUCCUCAUGUUGUCCCCUUUAUGUGCUCUGAAAUGCACUUUAUUCAAUAAAACAAAUGGAUUUAUGUUAAAUAUAGGAGUCUUUAAAGUCUUUUUGUUUUUUUUCAUAAAAAAUAAAUUUGCUUUGUUUGAAUUCUAUAAAAGUCGGUCAUGACUCAGGGACCAUGGGAAAAUGUGGGUCCCAAAGUGAGACCAGUCGAAAACCACUGCCUUAGUCUGACUAUAAUUGGAAUUUGAGAACUCCGAUUGGAGCUGGAAAACUCUGAUUAAAAAACCCAGAUAAUGCAACUGGAAUUCGAUUUUCUCUACCGUAGAUGGAGUAUGAUCGGACAAUGCAUGUGCACGUGCGCCAUGCCCCUGUUACCCCGGAACAAAAAACACCAGAGAAGAGAAGUAGGUGUAUCUCAUUUGCAGAGAAAGUAGCGCAUACAUCAUGUACAACAAAAACAACGCUGUACGAUGUACGAAAAAAAAAAAGAAUUAUGAGCUUAGUCCGAUUAAGCUGUGCAUGUAAACGCACUGAGUGUUUUAAUGGCAAUCAUUUUAAUCUUUUCUAGCACCACAGAGUCUUGAUAGUGAUCAAUUUGUUAUUCAGGAGAACGACAACAUUUAUACCUCUCAAACUUAUAGGACACAGCUGAAGCUUUGUAAGAGGCUUUGUUAUGUCAUACUGUUCAUCCAAAAAUAAAAGAAGGUUGAAAGAACAAAGACGCCUUGAGGUGGAGCUACAGGAAGCUGAACAUAAACGUAAGGCAGUAAAGACAGCUGGGACAGAGUAUGGAGAACUGGAGCUGCUCUAAACACUCUCUUAACUCAAAAAGCAGAAAAGAUAGCAUUAAAACAAAAAGAUAUGAAAGUGCCAAUAGGUCAAGGAAGCGUUUAAUCAAACAAUUCAUCAAUAAAAUGAAGAAUUCAAAUGGGAAAUUACAUCACAUUAACAUGGAUGUUAUGAAAGUGUUGAAGGAUCUUUAUUAUUCACCGUACACCUCAAAAUCAUUGGGCAUGGAGGAUCGGAUGGAUGACUUUUCCUGCUAAAUAGACCCUCUGAGAGUGUCUGAGGAGGAUAGAUUGAACUGUGAUACAGAUAUAACCAGUGGAGAAGUUGAAGGGGUGAUAGGUACCUCACCAUCUGGAAAAGCCUGUGGACCAGAUGGUCUCCCACCAGAGAUUCAUAAAACUUUAAAAAAUACCCCCCCCCCCCCUUUUUUUUUUCUGUCCAGUCUUCAUUAAUGAAAACACGUCUUUAUCGUUACAGCAAGCUACUGUUAAAGUUUUACCAAGGGAAAACGAAGAUUCAGAAUAUCCAGCAUCUUAUCAACCAGAAAGUAUUCAAUAUACAGACUGUAAAAUAUUAGCGAUCUCACUUUUAUCCAGGCUUAAUCACAUCAUUUAAACAUUAUUGGACAUGACCUCAUGACACUGGAUCACAUUUUUAAGCUCCGGCUUUAUUGCUGCAAUCCACUUACCUCGGAAGUCAGAUUUCGGAGCUGGGAAUGACGUUACACCUGAGUUGACGGCGUUCCAGUUAACAAGUCGAAAAACCAAGAUGGAUGUCUACAGUUACCUGUUGUUAGCUGUUGUUUACAAUUGUCAGUUGUUGUUAGCCAUUGUCAGUGGUUGUUCGUUGUUGUUAGUGAUACCAGUUGUAAACAACGCACAACAGUAUUUCACUCUUACAAACACCAUAGCACCGUGUUCACAGUUAGACGUUGGCGAUACAACAUAUAACACUUAUUUAAUUUCACAAAAAACAAACAGAAGUGCUAAUAAUAGAUAGAUAGACAGAUAUACUUUAUUAAAACCAAACUGGGAAAUUCACAUAAAUGAUUUAGUACAAUAGCUUCUACUGUUACUCUUUACUGUUGAUGCACUGCGCUGCCACCUUGGAAUAUGACGUUGUCGUCAAGUCGGGGUUGGUGACUUCCAAGUACAACUAGAAUGCAGCAUAUGUCCUGCUAACCCUUUUCUGGUUAUUUUUGCAGGUGAAAAAUAAUAAAUCUGUGAGUUUUUAACCAAAUCAAAAGUUUAACAUCUUUUUGUGGUGUUACUGUUCGGAAAUAAACUUGAGGCAUAAAAAUGACUUAUUUUAUAUUAUUUAGACCCUUGGUUUUCUCUUUCUUAAGCCUUUUGUGACUCAUUAAAAAUGUGCUCAGUACUUCUGUGCAACAUAUUUAUGCCGCUUCAACACCAGUUUGACCCACAAAAGAGAUAAAAACUCCACUUUUUAACGUUAUCUCUCUUGCUUGCAACACUAUCACCUGAUUUUGAUUGGCAUUGAAAUCAAUCCAUCCACAAAGUUCAAAGACUUCUAUUAAAUCCCUUAUUUCUUUGCUCACGAUCAAAGACUGUUUUGGUUUCAACACAGGUGCUUCGAGAAAAUCUUUGAUCUGAAGACAUAAAACCAACAUGCCAGAUGUAAAAAAAGGAAACCAAUCAACACAGAAAACCUCUUUGCUCACCAUGGAAUAAAACCAUUUGGAUUUGGGUCAUAAUAAACACUGGUGUUAAAGUGACCCCAGCCACAAAUCAUCAUGACCCCUUAAGUGGCCGUUAUCUAUCCCAUCUAAAUAUCGGACACAAAAUAAAGAGAAAAACUCCUCUGUGUGUUAGUGUGUGAUCAUGGAUGGGUGUGGCACAGAUAAAGAUGGAUGGUUCUUCACUUCCAGUUGUUUUUUUUUUUUCCCUAGAUGGCAGACUGCCACACGCUCAGGUCUCCUCUGUAGCUGCUCAUCCAUCAGCAGCUAUCACUCAAUACCUCAGUGUGCUGUGUGUAACCAGCCUUAAACUUUUGCCUUUUAAGUCACCUUAGCCAGCUUACUACUACUCAUUUAUGUGCAGGACACACUGGAUACACUGUAUCAUAUGAUGCAGUAAAUUUGACCCACCACAUCGAGUCCAACAGCAGGGAAACUGUGCUUAUACUUGGAUGUACAGUUGGAUUGAAAUUCAGUGACAUGGACAACAGAUCAUGGCCCACAAUAAUGAGGAAAGGUAGCCAUGCUAGCCAAGAUUUUCCUGCUCAGUGGGCUAGAAACAUCACCCGGCUCUGCAGUCUCACAUAGCUGUACGUUUUUGGGAGAUUCAGCAGUUUCCGUUCUACAAAGCUACUGGUUUGGUGUGCUCUGAGAUCAAUAUUACUCUCAUGGCUGUCUGUUAAAUAAACUCUAAGGCUGCCUCCAUGAUUGAUUAGCUGCACUGGUUUAGCCUAAAUGUAACAAAUCUGCUUUCAAGCUUCUCCCAAAGUCAGCUACGAAGAUACUACGUGUUAUUAGUUGAAUCCUGUUUGAUUUAUGGAAAUUAAAAGUUGGUCACAUUGAUUUUUACAAGACAUUUUUUUGAGAAAAAGACCAGCCCAGAUUAUUGAGGAUUAGUUAUUUUAUUUAGCUAUCUUAGCAAAGCGUAAAGAAGAAUAUGUAAAUACAUGCAAAUGGCUGGUAUCUUUAAAAUUCAACUUAAAAUGAAAUACUUAAAGUCUCACUUGGAUCCUUUUUUUAGCUACUUAAAAUGUUCUCAGUGGUCUUUAAACUGUGAUUAUGACGUUUUGAGCCAAAAUUACAUUACCUGUUUAAGGGCUUUUCAUCUGCAGAGCUCGAGUAGCUCAUUAACAAUUCGCCUCUGAGUCGUGGGCGGAGACAGUGCAGCUCUGCACUCUUCUCCUUGAGUUACCUUGCAGCCUAACAUUGCCGGUGUAAUAGAGCAAACAGGUAGCAUACGAGCUAUUCAGCUCUUGGACACUAAUGUCUUUAGGAGCAUGUUGAAAUCUAAUAUCAUAUUAGUUUUCUUAAAAGCAUUUCAAUCCGCUAACGCUUGUUUGGCGAUCGUCCUCUCUAUUUCUCAGAGUCUGACCUGCAUAGCGGGGCUCUGAGGGCGGAGCCUGGAGUUAUGACAUAGGAAAUCUUACCGUGUCUGAGCCUGCCGUUUGGGUCUGCCAGAGAUUAACAGCGAUUAAAUGCAGAAAUACUCAGAAAUGCAAUUUCAUACUUAUUUUUCUCAUGAUAUGUUCUGUAGUAUCAGAAAAAUGCCAUACGAACAAGUAGACAACAGAAAAAACACUACUUUCAUCGUAGUGGGUCUUAAAAGUUUUUUACAACCACUUCUACCGUUUCUGACAUGAACUAUUAUCUGCUCAGCUGUAACUUAGUGCUGCAAGACAGCACUGAAAGUCCUGCAGUAAUUGGACUCUGAGCACAAUCUGCAGAUUUACAAAUAUUAUGACAAAAUCUCAAAAGCACCCAUUUAUUUCUACAAAAAUGGGUUUGAUUUAGUUCCUCAAUCCGACAAGAACUGCUUUCAUUGUGCUGCUUUCUAUUAUCAGAGGACUGAGAGCAGCAGAUAGAUGACAUUUGCAGGCAUGCUCUGUUCUCCCAGAGUAAACCAGUGAUGACUGUGGAUUCAAAGCCAGCAGAUUUUGUCUUCGCUGAGCAGAUCCUGGAUGCUCAAGAUUGCCAGCCUUCCUGUUGGCUGCUGCUUGUGUGUAUGAAAGCUUUUCUCAUUUAUACACUUUGUUCGGCAUCAUCCUAUGACUCAAUGGGCUCCACAGAACAAACAAAGCACUGAGAGCUUCACCACAACAGGGGGGUCAGGUCCUGAGCUGCUACAGGGUAACUGUGAUGGGACUGUAAGCUCCCGGCCUACAUCUGCUUUGAGUUUCUCAUCCCUUGUGUACGCUUCCCCUGUCAUCAAUCUUAACCUCAGUAGCUCUUUAUUUAAACAGCGAUUUGAUGCUCUGAGGAUUUUCACUGAUCAUAAACCUGCUUCUUCGUCUGGGUUCAUCAGAGAACAAACAUCAUGUUUUAUUAUUCAUGUCCAUAAAAGGAAGUACAAAUAAGGUGAGAGUCUGCCCUUUCUUAUACAGGGAUCGGCUUCACUGUUGGUUUUAUGAAAAACAAAGCUCUGUGAUCGUGCCAGAGGUUGCUAAUAAGGUCACAUUAGUAAAAUCUACGUGGGUAAUUGCUAUGAAAAUGUAAAUAUUUGGCAUUCAUUAUCAAACAGUGGAACGAAAGGAUACAGCAGGGAAAGGACAGAGAUGGUGGGAGAGACAGUAACAUUAAAGCUGUACAAGGUUAGGUUAUUCAAAUUUAUCCACUACAGGUUUCCCUUUGUUUAUUUUGAAAUGCUGCCAAGCACUUGAGCACUUAGUUAUGAAGCCAAACGCAUCGACCUUGAAAUAUUUGUAUCCUAAGCUAGCUCAAAUAGUUUCAAUACAAUGUAUUGUUCCGUCUAGCGCUGAGAGAUGUUUUUGUGUAAUGUGAUCUGACUCCGGGUGAUGUGCGUUUAAGCUUUUAGCAUCCUAUGAUUAGCAUAAAUUAUAUUGCGUAGUCAGCCCCUCUGUGGAUAGCAUAAAUCAUAAGAUGAUGUGUCCCUGAGGUGUUAGUCAUGUUUACAGCGUCAGUGUCUUUCUUUUCGUGCUCUGUCACACAGUCUCCUCCCAGCGAUUCAAACUGAAAUAAUACUUUUCCUCAUCGCUCUGCCUUUUCUUUUUGCAGACAUCAUUUUCCAUCACUUCUAGCCUGAGUCUACCAUCUUGUUAGUGAAGCUUUUUUUUUCCUUGAUGGGAUUUUCUCCAGGCUUGUGUAAGCUUGUUGAAUGGAGGUGUGGAAAUGUAAGAUUAUAACUCAUUUCUGUAGGUUUUCUCCAAAAUAAAACCUCCUCUAAUUGCUCUGUGGUUACUCUGCAGAGUGGACCUUCUGUCAGUCAGAAUCCGACAACAGAUGCCUCGGCCAGCUGUCAAUAAAGCGAAGCUGACGACUACAAAAUCUGAUUGUGGACAAGCUGAGUGAGAGUCGAGCUUGAGAUCACACCUUAAUUAUCUCAUUAUCUUUAGAUGUAAGACGAUUCCUCAUCAUCACAACAUAAUUAUCUCGAGCUGAAUUUUGUUUUUAAGCUUGUCAUCCUGGGAUACUGAUCUAAUCAACUAAACUUAAGAUGUCUGAUGGUAUUAAAUAAAAACUUGGUGUGAAGGUGGGGUAGGCAGGAAUCCGUUAAAGAAGCAUCUUUUUUUGUGGUGUAUAUACAAAAAAUCUUUUAAUAUCAGCCAAUAGCUAUUAGUCAUUGAUGACAUUUGGUAAUAUAACAAUAUCGCUGUGUUUUGUUAUGUCUGUGUAGUCAACAUUUAAAAUUUCAGAUCUUACAGACCCUGUAACCUUUCUGCUGGACAGGUAAACCGCUUUAACAAAGUAAGCCAAGUGUAACAGAAGUUUUUCUUGUCAAACGGGACCUGCUGCGUGUCGUAGCGCCACUAAAUUGUUGACCUCGGGUCCGGGACUAUGUCACUUUAUCCUAGUUGUAGAAGUCCUGCAAACAUUGUGUUUGCCGGUAGUCUGUUGGCAUCUACAGUAGCACCAAUGCUUUUUACUUUCACGUUGACUGGGCUCCAUUUGUAAUUAUCUGAAGUAUUUAUCUGCAUUAUAUCUGAAUUUAACUGCAAGCGGGAGUGUCUGUUUGUGGGCGGGGCUUGCUGGAGCAGAGACGGAGGGGAGAGGAGGAGCUGAGGGGAAAACUGGUUUGGAGGGGUAGAGUUUGCAUUCAAGAUUUCUCCCCAAAACUGGCACUUCCUCAGAUCCUGCCUACCCCACCUUUAAGUCAUUGCUCUGAGAUAGCUUUCAGCCACAUCAUGGUUGUUUGGAGGGCAAUAACAGUGUGGUUGUGGGUUUGUAUACCACAUUUGUCCAGGCAGCCAUUUUGGGGGCAAUUUAUCGUCAUUUGAUAGUAAAAGCCAAAGAGAGUCAGAAAAGGCAAAGGAGAAAGAAGAGAUUCAGUGAGAUUCUCCUUAAACCUUUAGGGCAGAUUUUGGUAAUGGGAGUGUUUGGGUUUCUUUUUGAAGUCGAAGUAUCCUCUUCUACUUGUGUUUCUGCAGGCACUGGCUAAAUGCAGGGAUACACUCAAGAGGGAUUUCAACAAGAAUAGAUAGGAGACAAGAUUUUCUGUCAUUCGCCUGUGCAUUCUUCUCAGUCUCAAUGACCAAUUCUCAAAAUGCAUGUUGCACUUAAUCACAGUAAAAAGUUACUCUGUGCUAACUUUUGUCAUCCUUUUAAUUCUGAUCUAGUGCCAUCUUUAGGCCAGAACAUCCCAGAAGCCGAAGAGUUUUAUAUAUAUACACUCACCGGCCACUUUAUAAGGUACACCUGUCCAACUGCUCGUUAACACUUAAUUUCUAAUCAGCCAAUCACAUGGCGGCAACUUAGUGCAUUUAGGCAUGUAGACAUGGUCAAGACAAUCUCCUGCAGUUCAAACCGAGCAUCAGUAUGGGGAAGAAAGGUGAUUUGAGUGACUUUGAACGUGGCAUGGUUGUUGGUGCCAGAAGGGCUGGUCUGAGUAUUUCAGAAACUGCUGAUCUACUGGGAUUUUCACGCACAACCAUCUCUAGGGUUUACAGAGAAUGGUCCGAAAAAGAAAAAAUAUCCAGUGAGCGGCAGCUCUGUGGGCGGAAAUGCCUUGUUGAUGCCAGAGGUCAGAGGAGAAUGGCCAGACUGGUUCGAGCUGAUAGAAAGGCAACAGUGACUCAAAUAACCACCCGUUACAACCAAGGUAGGCAGAAGAGCAUCUCUGAACGCAUAGUACGUCGAACUUUGAGGCAGAUGGGCUACAGCAGCAGAAGACCACGCCGGGUGCCACUCCUUUCAGCUAAGAACAGGAAACUGAGGCUACAAUUUGCACAAGCUCAUCGAAAUUGGACAAUAGAAGAUUGGAAAAACGUUGCCUGGUCUGAUGAGUCUCGAUUUCUGCUGCGACAUUCGGAUGGUAGGGUCAGAAUUUGGCGUCAACAACAUGAAAGCAUGGAUCCAUCCUGCCUUGUAUCAACGGUUCAGGCUGGUGGUGGUGGUGUCAUGGUGUGGGGAAUAUUUUCUUGGCACUCGUUGGGCCCCUUGGUACCAAUUGAGCAUCGUUGCAACGCCACAGCCUACCUGAGUAUUGUUGCUGACCAUGUCCAUCCCUUUAUGACCACAAUGUACCCAACUUCUGAUGGCUACUUUCAGCAGGAUAAUGCGCCAUGUCAUAAAGCUGGAAUCAUCUCAGACUGGUUUCUUGAACAUGACAAUGAGUUCACUGUACUCAAAUGGCCUCCACAGUCACCAGAUCUCAAUCCAAUAGAGCAUCUUUGGGAUGUGGUGGAACGGGAGAUUCGCAUCAUGGAUGUGCAGCCGACAAAUCUGAAGGCAAAAGGGGGUCCAACCCGUUACUAGCAUGGUGUACCUAAUAAAGUGGCCGGUGAGUGUAUAUAUAUAUAUAUAUAUAUAUAUAUAUAUAUAUAUAUAUAUAUAUUGCGUCCUUCUCCAUCACAGCUCCUGUAGCUAAGCUGCUACGCUACUUUUAGCCACUCUGAGCUCUGAGGAGGGCCGGGGGGUGGGAGGGGACGAGUCAGGACUACAGGAGAGGGGUGUGUCAAAUACAGCGAGGUGUUUUUUUUUGUAGGAUGGUAAGGGGAAUGUCCCGCCCUCCUUUGUCUCUGAUUGGCUAGAAGUGCUGGGCUCCAAUUGGUUAUUUCUUAUGGCUGUGAAAAGUCAUCGUCUGUCAGGUUAGAGUUAGGGUCAGGGUUAGGAGAUUCAGAAGUGUGAUAAUGUUUUGUUUGAUGUACAGAGCGGACAGCCUGCGUUUGCUUUGAGGGUGUGAUGACGUUUUCAGCUUUUCUAGCCAAACAGAGGCGAAGGAGGCGGGACUUUCCCCUACAGUCCUACAAAAAAAAAAAAAUGUUGUGUCCGGGACGAAUGACUACCAUUGGUCAAUGUUUUUGCUGCCCUGCACCUGCUAUGGUAAACAGAUUUGUUCCAUUCCUUUUUUUCUUCACUCUGUGGAGAUCGCACUAUAAGACCAUGAUCGCCAUAUAAAUGAGGUUCAUAAUAAUCACCAAUCUCGUCAACCAUGACUUUAAAUAAAGCAUUUAAUCACAGAAAUAGUCUCUUUAGGGCAUGCUGUGCUUUGUGUUGACAUGUGUCAUGUCCUUAGUGGCAGUUUCAGGCAUGCUAACACUCUGCAGAAGGAGUGUGAACAUGAUAAACAUGUUUAAGGUCACUUUAAAGUAAGUGAAUACUCCUCUGACGUGAUUGUCACUGUGAGCAUGUUUGCAUUCUUAUGUUAGCUGCUAGUGUGACUGUAAGUUUGCUUUGCCUCUUUUCACUGUGUUUUGUCUUAGCUGUAGUUCCACUUGAGGAGAGUUUUUCUCUCAUCGUUUAUUCUGCCUCUGUUUCUAUCAGAACCUCUAAAUUCAAUUUCUUAACCUGAUUAGGCCUGCAAAACAAAAUUCCCUCACUGUUGAAUUUGUUGUCUAAAUGUUGCCUAGAGUUUCCUUGAACGAGUUGCAGAACACCAGCAGACACUAUCAGAAUAAAAUACUAUAUUUCUUUUUGAAGGGCAUGUGACAAAUCAGCGGGUUCUCAGUGUUGAUUAGGGCCCGACCGAUAUGGAUUUUUUGGGUCCGAUGCCGAUACAAGUUAUUGGGUGGUGCAAUCCGAUUACCUAUUAAUCGGUCGAUUUUUAAAUUUUUUUUUACUAAGUUAUAAUAUAUAUAUAUAUAUAUAUAUAUAUAUAUAUAUAUAUAUAUAUAUAUAUAUAUAUAUACUGUAGAUAUCUACAGUAUACUACAUACUGUAAAUAUACUGUAGGCUACUGCUCAGGAAUACCGAUCAAAUUCAGACCAGAGAAGCGUUUUCAACUACCCCCCCCCCCCAACUCUAACUUUAGCUUGAACUGUCGUUGUGUUGUUGUGUUACUGUGUUACUGUUAUUGUGUAUUUCACAAACUAGUUUAUUUACCGUUGAGGCGGACCACUCUCCUCCGUGCGUCCCUGAGCUGCCUGCCUCAGAUCCGUCACUCUGCUGUGCUGCGAGGUAGUUAGUGGAUGAACACUGUCAUGAGGUCGCUGCGCCAUCUACAGGAUAAGUCGGGGAACUUUUCAAAUGGCGGAACAUUUUCGAAGUGAAACCGAAUCUUAUUCUCUGCAUUUUAUUUCUGAAAAUAUUGGAAAGUUUUGGCCGAUUACAGAUUAGCCUCAAACGGGCUAACAUUGGCCGAUUUAAUCAGUUUGCCGAUAAAUCAGUUGGGCCCUAGUGUCAAUGUAAGUGUUGAAGACAGAUCUUGAACUGUAGGACUGACUACAGAUUCAGGUGGUCUGUGACAGCUGAGCAGCUGGCUGGAGUGUCUCUGGUUAAAAGUCCCAGGAGACUUUAAUACUUUGGUGUACAGCCGGGCUUCUUAAAAGUAAUCGAGCUGUUGCUUCAUGUGUUUGUGGCUGUCUAUCUAUGCGCACGUGUCCACGUCUAUUUGUAUGCGUCGUGCUGUAUGUUGUCACAUAUGUAUUUCUGGGUGUGGUACCCCAUCAGAGAUGAACAUUGCCCUCUGCAGAGAUUGACUCCUGCUGUAAUUCCUGCUGAGAUUAAAUGUUCUCAUUUUUUUAAAGAUGUUCUGCCUUUAGGGGAGAAAAUUGCAAAGAUUUUUUGUGUUGAUUGCCCUCGCACGGCUAUAUUUCGGCUGAAAGUCUCUCCUCCACCACUCAGAGAAAGAGGAGGAAGGGGAGACGGAGGGGAAAUGGUGAUGUCCUGCUGGUGCUGUUGUAUGAAUGUUUUAUAGAUGGAGGGAUGAAAGAGAGACAAGGCCUUGCUCAACCCUCUAUUCUCAUAUUAUUUUAACACACUGUUUUAGAAAACUGUUCUUAUCAACUUUUUAAUCCUGUAUCCAACCUGACUGCACCUAAUGUCCAAUUUCACAACGUGUGCUUUACAGUGCAGGUCAGCGGCUCUAUCUGUCUUCCUGCACCCAUCACUGUCUGCAUGCUCCUCCGACUGCAGGUAAAAGCGAACCAAACUGACAAAUUUGUUAAUUAUAUUGAGGACACUGCAGUCAAUAAUCUCUAAUUGUUUUAAAGGUCGGUUUGGGAUGACCUUGAGUAACAUUUGUAACUACAAAUCUGCUGAUCCAAUCCCCUCUGGAGAAGCGAUGGGUUUGUGCUCUUGGGCAAGGUCGCUGUCUUCUAAACCGAAUGAUUAAAAAACAGAAGAUUGAAAGAGUAAAUCUCCAAGGAUGGAAUAACAUGUGCAAAGUAAGGUCACACAGUGGGAAUAGAUAGUGUACUGAUACAAGCUUUAAGCAAAGAUAUCAACUCCUCAAGCUGAUGUUUGGUUGACUUUGGAGUCACUUUGAUCACCCACUGAAAGUCUUUAGCUGUUUUCAUCAGAGAGAUACAGAAAGACAAAGUAACACACCAAGACACUGAAAAAAAAAACUCAAAAAGAUCCCUCCUGGACUUGUUAGAUAAACUCCAAAAAAGAGAAAACUUUUGUCUGAUAAGCUCUCUUAGAGAAAGCUUUGAUUACCUUCUUAAAUAUUCCACUUCUCACAUUUCUUUUAUGCCUCUCAUUUAAAGACCAACAUCAUAAAAGAAAUGCAAAUGUUUUGUUAACAAAGUCCAUUUUCAUUCAGUCACCUACAAUACUAAGAAAGUCCACUCUUAGUAUUUGACAGUGCAAGUUUCCAAAUUGCUGAUACAACAAUUAUUAACAAAAUGAAAUAGAAAAGUUUUACCAUUCUCUUUUCCAGUCUUCAUAUCUUAUCUUAUGCCCUCAGAUUAUUAAAUUCAAUUUGCCUAACUCUGCCCCUAAACUAAAGAGCUCAUCGCCUUUCAAAAUCAAAUGACAAUCAUUCUCUGGAUGAAUAAAGGGACCUCAAAUUUAAAGCUUCAGUAAGGAGUUUUUUUUUACAUCCAUGAAAUAGACUAAAAUUCAUAUUAAAACCCUUUCAUGGUAUCAAAAUGCAAAGCCUGACUAUUUGUAAAUUGUCAUUUUUAAUGCCUGGAACCAGUGUGAGGGCGCAGCUGGAGAAAACAGCCCUGUUUACAUCCAGAUACUCACAAUAGAUGAUACAUUUGAAUGUCAAGUCAGAAGGAUUUAAGUUUUUGUCAAUAGAGGACAGGAAAGGCAAAGACUGCUUUGUCCUCAGGGGGGCGCCAAAAUUGACACAAACUGGGUGUUUGUCACUGGAGCUUUAAAUUCAGCUUUAAAUUUUAAGAUUUUUUUUUUUUUUAAUCACAUUGGUCAAUAUGAUCAUGACAGCUGCAGUUUUUGGGUUUCUCAUGUGUUUUAAUCUUUUAAAUUGGCACUCAUUUAUCGUUGACAUGUUAUUGUUUUGAAUGCUGAGAUUGUUUGGUCAAACAAAAGAAAUUAAAUGCUUAUCAGUUUUUGUUCUCACUUUAUUUAUUUGUUUCCUUUGGACUUUUAUUGAACACAUGAUUUAUAAACACAUUUGUGCUAGAAUGAGAUGAACCAUGCAUACAAUGUUAGCCCUACAGUUGUGUCAUGACUUGCUCCUGCAAAAGAAAAAGUACUAAACUAUCUUUUUUUUUUUUUAAUUUGAAGAUAAGUAAAUUAAGUGGGGCCUUUUCUUUUUAAAUGUAAAAUAUUUGGGCUCCUGUUCAGAAGUGAAAUCUUUACAGUGUGCCUCCUGUUGACAAGAAAAAAAGGUAAGAAUAAAAAGUUGACUUUUCAACGUUUUAAAUAUUCAGUGAGAUAUUGUAUAAAGUCAUUCUCCAUUCAAGGACUUGUGACACAAAAAGACAAGCAAAUGUAAUAUUACUAGAAAAUCCCACAGUGCCACAACAUGGUGCCUCCUUUUUCCUUUGCUCUCGCAGUAACCACACAGGAAGAUUAUAUAAUUAACUGAAAAUAAAGUUGGUGUAGUCUCGGCAUUGUCACUUACUCGUUUCUGAAGCUGAGUUUUAAACCCCAGUGAGGGCAGCGGCCAUAUCGACAAUACAACAUCAACCUCACUUUGAGUCUUACUUAAUUUUUUUAACAUCUCAGGUUGCUGCUUGAUAGACCAUUCAGCAACACGUUGUUGCUGACAAUACUCAUGUUCUACUGUUUGUGCCACAAAGACCUGGUUAAAAUAAUUUAUUGUCAAAUGAAACAGCCGUGUAGAAAUCUUUCGUCUGUUGUCUGUCAACUCUCAGACGCUAACCUGCUGUCUUGAGAUCUGCUAGCUGCUAAAAGCUGCCAGCUGUCUCCACCUACACCACCCACGUUACAGACGUCAUAUAGAAAUCAUUCACAAAUUAAAUAAAAAAACAAAAACAUUUCAGAUGACUACUUUGUGCUGCUGAUUAGGACGCUGAUGUUUUUUACCUCAGGGUUUAGUAUUUCCCACUAAACACAUAAUAAUUUGGGCUUAUGUAAAGACUGAUGUCAGACUUAGCUUGUUUAUGAACUCAAGAGUGAUGGUUGAUUCUCCUGGUGGCUGAAUUUGUAAGUAUGACACUUGUGGUGAACUUACCUUGAAAAAGUCCAAGCGUGGUCAAGCAUUAAUGAUGAAAUAAGUGAAGCUUAUUGUUCAUCCAUCCUCUCCUCGGUAUAUAUCAGCAUUUACUGUCUGUGCUCUUUGUAACAGCAGCAGACUACUCUCCCUGAUAGGUUUCACAUUGCACGAUGAUUGACCUUCGUUCCAGCGACAAUCGUACUAAAUGAUGCUUGAGAGUAUAUAUCUUUAAUGUAUACUUAAGAAAAGCUCGCAGAAGAUAAAUGAGUGAAUCUGUGAAACUGCAAACACAUCAGUCUGUGAAGGGAAGGUCAAACAUCCAAGUGAAGAAAGAUGGAGCUCAACACAUUUUUUACCAGGAGGGGAAUUCAAAGAUUUUCAAGGCUUUGUGAUUUAUAUUACAGAACAUGAGGCAUACACACCGUCAUAACUGUGCAACUACCGUGACCGAACAUUUCUUUCAACUUCAGUUACACUACAGCAAACCACCUUUAAACUGAGGUCAAUCCCUGUCCCCCACAAUCCAUCUCGGAAACCUAUAUUGCACAAAUCACAGCUCUGACCCUCUGACUUAUUGCCGGCAUUGUCUAUAAAACACACCUGGGAUUGGGUGUGCCCCGUAGCCAAAAAAGUGUCAAUGUGAGCAGAGGACAGAAGAGGAGCAGCAGAAAAGAGCUGUGUUAGGUUCACAGCUUUCUGCCUGCCACAGUUUGUGGGCUCAGUGUGCAGAUAAUUAAGGUUGAGGGUGGACAGCUCCCUACAGCACCGAUGUUGCCUUCAUCACGCAGAGCUGUGGACCGGGGCCAUUCAUUUUCACAAAGAGGGAACACGGCGGACGCAAGGCUGGAGGCGCUGGGGAGCUGAGCGGGACGGUGGCACAAACAGGGCGGCUGUAAAGAUGUAGAGGCGGUGGGGGGGUGGGUGCUUUGGUUAUGUCUGUAUCUCCAGACUUAGACUUAGAGUCUGUAUCUCCAUUCCGGCAUAAAAUUAUUUUAGGGUCAAAUUCAUGGUAAAACUGAGUUAGACACCCCCUCGAAAGAUCAAUGUUGCCGACUUCUUGCUUCUCUAGUUAUACUCAACUUUAGUAAGGACCGCAGAUACCAAUACACAGCGGUCUGAGGAGCCAUAAACAAACCUCAACCAAAACGCCACUCUAUAGCCACAAAUAAUGCUCAGAACAUCACCUAACUUCAUCAACAGUACAUAUAGGGUCCCAGCCACAGUACUAGCCACCAAACAUCUUUUUAACUUCGCCUAAUUUGUUUAGCAAAGAGACUAAACACAACUCACCUACUCUCUUCCAGCAGCCGCUUGUUUGUAGCGAGAGCCCAGGCCAGUCCAUUACGGACUGCUGCAGGGUGACGCAGAAAGUUAAGUGCUGUUCUGAGCAUUAUUUGUGGUUAUAGAGUAGCGUCUUGGUUGAGGUUUGUUUAUGGCUCCUCAGACCGCUGUGUAUUGCUAUCUGCGGUCGUUACUAAAGAGGGGCAAGAGGUCGGCAACAUUCAUCUUUCGAGGGGCUCACACCGCUGUGUAUUGCUAUCCUGUCAUUACUAAAGAUGGUAUGACUAGAGAAGCAAGCGGUCAGCAAGAAAUCUACCAAUACAAACUACAUGUUUUAUCUUUUAUAAAUCACAGAGACUUGAUAGUGUUCAUUUCAGGCUUUUUUACAACCUUUGAAAAAUUCCUCACAGGAGCUUUAAGUUUUGCCUGGCCUCUGCUGGGACGAUCUCCUUCACUUGUUGUUCAUUUUAAGCAGCUUCAGAGGUUUGUUUCGAGGUGUGAAGCAGUCCAGCCACCACAAAGAGGUUCAGUUAAAGUGUUUUUUUUCUCCUACCUGCUGUAAAUAUUGCACAGGGAAGAAAUCCACUCUACUGCUCUCUGUUCCCACUCACUUUUUAACUGUUUACUCAAUCCGCACUCGUUUGCCUGCACUGUGCUCCCGUCUGGAGUUUGAUGUUUCAUUUGUUUUGAGUGAAGUGGUUGAGUGACUGUGGGAGUGGGAGUUUUGAAGCCAGAUGGAUAUGAAUGCGAGAGUCCUCAUUGUUCCUGCAUGAAAAAUUCGGGGCCGUGCUCCUGCUCCCGCUGAGUUCAGUCCUCCCUGCUUCCUCUGCAGCACUCCUUUCCUUGUCUCCUCAACAGAGGGAGUCCUCUUUAAUUCCUGCUUCUGUGCUGUGAUGAGAAACACCAGCUAACUAGGCCACUGCAUAAUAAGCAAGAAUAGCAGCAAAGUGAAAUGAAUAAAAAAAGAAAAGGAAAGAAAAAGAAUCAGUUCACUGGGGGAACACUUUCCCUCCAUGUGACUGCUGACAGAAGUAAAUCAGCGAGCAAAUAUUGUUGUUAUUCCUUUAUCGCAGAUGCAUUCAUUUUUAGUGUUUACCUUUACCUAUGGCUGCUGCAGAGGUGCAUCAGGGUUCAUGUCUCAUUUUGGCGGUGAAGCUCCUGAGCUGUGCUGUCAUGUGACUGACAAUGCACCUUGCUGGCUUUUUCAUUUGAUGUGUGUGUCAACUGCAGUCCUGGGAUCCCUCUUGGUGCUGCAACACUUCUGUGGUGCUCAGCGUUUUAGCUCGUGAUUCACUUUGUCAACAGCUUCAUUAUUAUCUUCAAAAAAAAGAAAAAAACAGGACAGAUGCUGGAGUCUCCACUGUUUCUCUUUGAUGCUUUUUUUUUUUACAGGGGUCUUUCUUCUGCCUCGGGCUGUUAGAGUCUUGAUUUUCACCUUUAUUUCUGCAAUUUUUAGAGUGUCUUUCAUUUUCAGCAUAAUACUAUCACAACAAGAGAGAGUUUUCCUCAUAAUGAAGACCCUACUGAGUGUUAAAGCCUGAUUCUCCUCAUCCUGGAGCUCUAUGGUUUAAUCUCAUUGUUUAGCUGACCUGCACACACAGUUUUACAGAUUUGGUUUACUCUUGUAUUUCUAGCGAUGUUGUUUUUGGCUAUAGAGGUAAUUGUUUCUGAAGAGACUCUCAAGGACAACUGUGCACCAUCUGCUCAGUGUUGGUAGACAGACAAAGAUAGCAGUUUCCUGGAGAACAUGAAGCAUUGAGCAGUCCAAUAUGGACCUAGAGGGGGAGUUGUUGGAGACCAAGAACAUGGCUACAUGGGUUACAUUUGCUUUCAGGAGACCAUGUCCACUCCCAGAGUGAAACUGACUCAAACUCAGCACCUCAAUAACUUAUAACAAUAAGUUUUUUGAAAACUGUAGAAAUACAACAUAGUUUUUGUGCCUGUGUGCUUAAAGGGAUAUUCCGGCGUAAAAUUAAGCUAGGGUCUCAAACACACCGUAACACAGAGUUAGACACCCCCUUGAGAGAUGAAUGUUGCCGACUGCUUGCUUCUCUAGCUUUACCAACUUUAGUAACGACCGCAGAUAGCAAUACACAGCGGCCUAUGGAUCCACAGGCACACUUCAACCAAGACGCCACUCCAUAGCCACAGAUAAUGCUCAGAACAGCACCUAACUUCAUCAACAGUACAGAUAGGGUCCCAGCCAUAGUACAAGACACCAAACAUCUUUUUAACUUUGCCUAAUUUCUUUAGCAAAGAGACUAAACACAACUCACCUACUCUCUUCUAGCAGCUGCUUAUUUGUAGGGAGAUCUUGGAUGAGUCCAUCACUGACUGCAGUGGGGUGAUGCAGCUCAAGGAAGAACAUUUAUGAUCAUUUCUUUAUCAUUUUCUUGAAGUAAUAAUCAUUAUAUUAAUCAUUUUGCACUGCAGACGCGGUGGUUCUUCUGCCUUAGCGUCUUAGACUGAUUUCAUUUCCAUGAAGUAAUGAUGUACGGUGUACGGUAUAUUUGACCCUUACUUAAUUUUACGUCUGAAUACCCCUUUAACUGAAGAUGUUAAAGGGAGAGAAAAUAGUUUGAAUCUUUAAUUAAAGUUAUUAUGGACAUACACUCAAAAUGGCUGAUUCAUGUAGUUGAUUAAUCCAGAGUAAGAAGCUUCACCUCCUAUCACAGUGGGACCAAGUGAACACAAUAGAAACAGAGGAGUUACAUUGCAGUUUGAGGAGCAGGCAGGGUGGAACAGGACAGUGUGUGUGUGUGUGUGUGUGUGCAUGUCUUACUGAAUGUGAAGCUCCUGCUGUGUGUUGACCAUAGACUGUAUAUAGAAUGGAUGCCGUCUGCCUCCUCGUUGGGUGAAGCCACCCCAAGAACAGCACCCUCUGGUGGCGGGCUACAGUAUAGGUCGUAAAUCCCACCUCCUCCAACCAUCCCUAUGGAGCUGUGAACACACUAGAAAUUUAUUACACAGAACAUACAUUUUUCUCCCCCCUGGUUGCGAUGUUGACAUGUUAUUGCAAGACUGUUUUUUGCUCAAGUCCUCUUUUUUCUGUGCAGCUCCAUUUUUAAAAGUUAUUAGGGGGUUCAUGUUUUCUAUGAUUGACACUUGAUACAGCCUAUGGGCGUAUGAAGAUUGCGUAGCUCACCUGGGAAAUACGCUGAGCAGAGUGUAAUCACAGCGACUCUCUGCGACUCUCCCACGGACCGAAUGCGUACAACGCUACUGCGCAAUGUUGGUUUCAGGAAGUAAAGAUAAAAACCUGGAAAUAUUGAGAGCUUUUUGGCUUCAAACCGUAUACUAGCAGAAGGCAGAACCAAGUUGUCCAUGGUAUAUACAGUCUAUGGUGUUGACACAUCAGAUCUCUCAUGCAUCUCAUGCUGAUACAUGUUUUUGCUCCCCCAGGUGGCUAAAAAGAGUCAUUGCAAGUCCAUCCAAACAUAAUUAACACUUUCCCGCCUCUUUUCUUUUUCUCUCUCUAGUGUAGAGCAUGACUUCCGUCUGCAGGAAGGGCAGGUGGUCCGCACAUGGAAGGUGGGUGACCCUCCUGAGGGUAUGCCAAUGCCCCCUGCUCCCCAGCCCCCCACACCCCACCAACAAGACUCUCCUCAGCCGGUGCGACCCCCCGCCACCACCAAGAAGAACAGAAAGAAAUGCUUCUGGUUCCUCUGAAAACUACAAGACAGAGCAAAAGACACUUUGAUACUAUAAUGCACUGCUUACCCUUCUUAAAAAAAUACAAAACUACGGAGAUGUGAUUAAAAAAAAAACAAGUGUGGAGUGAAGUGGAGAAUUAAAAUGCAAACAGAAAAGAGAGGUGGGAGGAGGAGUAACAAAGGUUAUGAUUUUAGCUGUUGUUGUUGGAGAUGAUAGAGAAUGGUUGACUGGGCCACACAUGUUGUUACUGCUCUUAAAAUUGCCUCUUCAGCACUUAAUGGUUUGAUACUUGUGCAGGGAAGUAAAAGUGCUGAAGUCAAAUAAAAGCAAAAGUUCAGUCCACACAUGAGUCACAGCAAGGAAGCAAUUAGGAGGUAUAAAGAGAAUAUAUAGAGAGUGGAAGGGGGCAAGGGGCACCGUACAAGAGGCAAUACAGAAGAGAGAUGGAGAAUAUUUAUAAAAGAUGAAAUGAAUAAAGUUUAUAGGCAAAGAAAGAAAAGACAGAGAGGAAGUAUUCAUCUUCAUUAAUGGACUAAUGAGGGUCAGAACACCAGCUUUUAUAUCCAGAGACAUUUAAAAAGAAUUAUUAUGACCUGUAUUUAAAACUUUUAUUAAACUAUAAUUGAUGGAAAAAAGUAUUACACAUAUCUACAUGGACUCUCACACACACCUACACACACACACCUACACACACAACACAACACACACAAAUUAUUGAACAUAUUUACAUAAAAAGCAUAUAUAAAUGGAGAAAAAAUGAGUGAGUUGAGUUCUGUACAUAUCAGGGCUAUUCUGCUUGGAUGCUAUAUUUCAGAUAUGGAUUACUGCUCUAUAAAAGUAUUUUACCACA